GCUAUUAUAAACAUCUAGCGAACCAGGAGGGAGGCGCCUUCUCGUUCAGCAGGGCAGGGGCGGAGCGAGGCAGGAGGCGUGGCCCGGGGAGCUCUGCCCGUCCCGAGCCGGGGAACUCGAUUGCAAGCGGGAAGCAUGGUCGGAGGGAGCGGCGAGCAGAGUUGCGAGGAGGCGGCGGCGGCGCGCCAGGAUGGAGCCGUCUGAUGGCUGGGAUCCCUACGGCCGGCCGGCGCGCCGGACCCAGUGGCUGGUCAGCGCCCUGGCAUACCACUACGGGCUGGACCGGGGCGUGGAGAACGAAAUCGUGGUGCUGGCCACGGGCUUGGACCAGUACUUGCAAGAGAUUUUCCACCACCUGGACUGCGAGGCCGAAGGCAGGAUCCCCGGCGAGGACUUCCGCACCCUGUGCGGGGUGCUGGGGCUGCAGGCGGACGGCGGCGGCGACGAGGCGGCCGCCGACCCGGAGGAAUGCGCCGGCCUCUACGAGGACGUCGCCCCGGAGCUGACUUUCCGCCAGUUCCACGCCAAGCUGUGCGGCUACUUCAGCGCCAAGGCCGGCUGCCCCGCGACGGGCCGGGGCGUCGCGGGGGUGGCGCGGCUCCCGGCCGGCAAGGAGAGCGAGCACAUCGAGACCCAGAUCCGGCUCCGCAGCCCGCUGCGCCGCCGCCGGGAGAAGGAGGCGGGGGCCGGGCGCGGGCCGUCGAACAAGAGAGAGGGCGGCCGUCGGAGCAGCAGCAGCAGCAACGCCAGGGGGUCUGCUUCCACCUCGUGCACCUCCUCGCCGUCGUCCUCGUCGUCCUCUCCGCCACCUUCUCCCCCCGGGCCCGGCUCGGAUCGCCGGCUGGUGCCGUCGGGCUCGUGCUCCCGGGAGUGCUACGAGGAGAUCGUGGCCUUGGAGCAGGCGGAGGACCGCAUCGUCAAGCUCGAGGACGAGAACGCCAGCCUGCGCGAGCUGGUGGAGGACAUGAGGGCGGCUCUGCAAAGCAGCGACGCCCGGUGCUUGGCGCUGCAGGUGAGGGGGCCGGAGGGGCGAGGCUGUCCAAGCGUGGGCUCACUUCGUUGGAAUUCAGGCAGAAAAGAGGUCACAGGAAAGACGGGAGUGCCUGUGGGCACGUGCAAAAAAAGGGCCUUUCUCGCAGCACCCUGUAAAGUUUCAUCAAAUAGUUUUCAGGUAGUUUAAGGACUGUUACAUCGACAGCGCGGGGCUCUCUGGGCGUGGGAAAUCUCCCCAGGCCACGCCUCCUCCAUAGGCACGCCCACUCAAGGCCACGCCCUAAAGCAGUGUCAAAUUCCACCUUCUACUCUGACUUUUCUUCAGAUCUUAUAGAUCACCUUUUACUAGUUCCCCUUUUUCUUGAGUGUUUUUACCUGAAUGAAAUGUGUCCUUGAUUCUGAAUAAUGGCUCUCUUGGUUGCUUGGAGGAAGGAAAGAGACAUGGAUAUGGGGGUGGGUGUAGAAACUAGCCCAACAAACAGAAGUAAACUUUUCAUUUCUUGCUUCAUGCACUUGGGUCUCUGGUCCUGCCCAGCACUCUCAUGUGGCUGCCAGAAGGUUGUCUAGAUGGGAAGGAGCCCCUUGAUGUGAAGGGAGUUCAGAGUUCUGGCACAGGUGGUGAAGCAAAUUUGUUUUUUGUUGCCCCGAGGGCGAGACCUGGAGGGAAAGGCCACCAACUAAAAGAAAAUGGAUUUUGACUAAACAUGAGGAAUAAUUUUCAGUCUGUAGCAUUUGUCGCUGCUGUCACUCCCCACAAGUUUUCCUCAUCAUCUCCUUCUGCAGCUCAGGAGAUGGGUGGUCAUAAAUACUCACCAGAGUUACUACCAAAUCUGACUCUGCUAUGCAUCAGGUCCCUCACCUGCAGACAUCUCUGAGAAGGUGUAAUCCCACUCUGUGAUAACACAAGGCCUUAUUAGCGGGAGCCCCCACUUUGUGGAGCUUCCUACCCAGAGAGGGCCCUCUGGCGUCCAUGUUUCCUCCUCUUUUUCAUAUCAAAAUUGUCCCGUUUCAAAAACAUUUUUUGUUGUGUGCGUGUGUGAGCACACUUUGUAAUUUGCUUUUAAAAAGACCCACUGUGCCAUUUUUGUUGUUUUAUUUAUAAGUGAUUAUAGGUUGGAGCAACUCUUUUGAAAAUGGAAUAUAACUGUUUUAAAUAACAUUUAAAACUCCUGCCUGUGCAACAUGACUUCCUUCUUCCCUCCCCAUAUGCACCCCCAUCUCUGUCCCAGAGGGUCCUCCAACUCCCUGGAGCAGAUUGUGAGGAGUUCCACUGCACAGGCCAAAGCCUAUUCUCAAGCAUGGACACCACUGGAUACAACCCAAUAAAAAUAAAUAGUCAUAAAAGCAGCUUUAUCCUGUACUGAUGUGUGGGUAUAUUUACCUUGAAGGUAAACAUAAAUACAGAUUCAAAAGAACUUAAGUUUGUGCUCAUAGUUAUGAUACAGUCUGCACUUCUACAUUUGGUGCAACAGAUCUUAGUAUCAGCCUGUGAUACUUCUGAUGCACUUCUGAAUUUCUGGCAAGCUAUUACAUCAUUGUGUUUGUGACUUUGUGAGAGUCAAAGAUCCACAGAAUACACUCUCAAUUGUGUGUUCUGCACGUUUGUUCUUGUAUGGCUUCUAAUGUGUUCAUUGCUUAGCAUGCUUCAUAAUGACCAGCCUCAAAAAUUGGUUUUAGUACCGUUCUCCUAAGACCCUCCUGUUCACGGGUGUAUGCCUUGAUCAGUUCUUGUAUUACAAGGAAGCCGCCCCAUGUAUUGGAAUGGAGCUGGGGAGAGAAAAUUUGAGUACAGUAAGCCCCAAACUUACACACUUAACUACAGGACAUUCAGCUUUGCACAGUUGGCUCUUUUUUGUAAUUUGUUUAAAAAUAAUAAUAAUUGGGGGCAGGCGUCUGGGGAAAAAAAAGAGACUUUGGCAAUCCCACCCACCACUGAACCCAACAUUUUUUGACCAUAUGUGAUUUUGGCUUUAGGUGCGAUCCCCGAAAUAUGACCCUGUGUAAGUUGCGGGCUGACUGUAUUCAUAUUAAUGUAAGAAAACGUAAUGUACGGUAGUCACAGGUUUGUGCAUGGGUGGCUAUAGGAAGGAACGUAAAAUGGCAGCAGUUUGCUUUCCAGCCUGUAACCAUCACAAAGCAGUACUGUUUCUGUUCCACUGCAGUUUGGUUUCCAUCAAAUACUAGGUUAUUUGUCUGACUGCCCACUAUUUUAAUGAUACUGUUUGAUGUAAGCUAUAUAACAUGCAUUGUUUUUACUUUUCAUUUACAUUAGAAAUCAGUGUUAAAAGAAUCCAUUAAUUAUGUGUUGUUUGAGGACUUUAAACAACAGUGAUGUUAGCAAAUAUAGGUCAUAUUUGCUGACUGAUUUCCAUUCGUGACCAUAGGCUAGGAUGCAAACUGUAGCAAUUUCAUUUCCUUUUCUUGUUUUCAUUGGAAAUUUCUGACAUCUAUAGGUCUAUGGUUCAGUCUUUGUGGUACUUUAGCCUUGUUUGAGACCUAUAUGAGCUGGACUUUCUAAAACAUCAUGGACAAAAGUGAAUUUGAAACAAAUCUGCUUGAUUAAAGUGUAGCUUCUUUCCUUCUAAUUUAUAUUUCUACCUCUGCCCUGUUGAUUGUAGGUAGGAUUGUGGAAGAGCCAUGCUAACCAUAAGAAUAAUGGGACCUGUUUUAUAAGCAACCGGACACAAUUAGCUAACGGUCAGUCCCAGACUUCCAAGUGCCUUCAGAGUGUUCUAAAAGAGGUUGAAUUAAUCCGAAGUUCUAGGGAUGGACAAAUUGAAGAAGCAAUUAGGUUCAACCAAGAACUGGAAAAAGAACUGAGGAAUUCUCACGAAGCUCUGGUCGCCCUGGAAGACUGCAACCGCAGUCUAAAGAGAGAGCAAGCGGAAAUGAGGAAAAAGGUUGAAGAAGCACGGUAUGCUGUCCUUAACAGCCUAGGAAAAGUAAAGGAACUCGAAGCUAAAGCCCAUAAAAUGCCGCAGCUGCAGAUAUAUAUUCAGCAGCUAGAAUCAGAGCUACAAUAUUAUAGGUAAGCCCGAAAUUGCCAAAAACAAAUAUCAGAUGCAGCGUAUAUAUGUGGUUUGCAAACUCAGUUGUAAACGUCUUCUGAAAUGUGGUGGGUAAAGAAUUGGCCUCUACCUAGUUAUUUUCUUAGUAGGGACUCUCAGCAAAGCGUCACUUAUCUCCCUUCUAGUUAAGGCCACAGCAAGCAUGAUUUAGUGGGAACAGGAAAGGCUAUCAAAGAAAAGCCCAACACGCCAUUGACAAAAAUCAGCAGAUGUUAACAAUCUAAUUUAGGAGACAUUAUUAAUGGUCUUGUGGGAGUUGAUGUUUAGAAAGGGCAACAUGUAAUCUAAUGGGAGAGGCUGUGGGGGGGGGGACGGAACCCAUCAGCUGGUUAUCAUUAAGGGCAUUGGUUGCAAUCUGCAUUUUAGCUUUAUGUGAAUAUUUGUACAGCGCUACCCAUUGGGAUUCCUCAUGUUUUGGCACUUCAUAACUUCUCUUUAUGCUGUUAUACCAAAUAUUUUGGGCCACGCUUGAAGAAAUUUUCUCCAGGAAGUUAAGAAUGGUCAUUUAUAUUUCUGUUUUUUAGGUUAGGCAACAGCUGCUUUGUCAGGAUGAUCUUCUAAAGUGAACUGCAUUUGUGGGUUUGUCCAUUUAAAACUAGUUUUAAAACUUGAAACUUAGUUAUCAAUAUAUUCACUAAUCAAAAUGGCAGUACGAUGUGAUAUGUGCUAGCAUCUCGUUUUGUAUAUAGUUGUGAGCAAUUAUUUCCGUUUCCCCAGUCAUGAUGAAAAGAGCUAAGUGAUCCUGAGAAAGGGGAUCAUAACACUACAUGGAUGUACUAUGGAAGCUUAUUACAGUGCAAUGCUAUAUGUAUGGCUAGUCAGAAGGAAGUCCCAUUCAGUUUACUGGGACUUGUUUUCCAGGUAAGUGCAUAUAGGAUUCUUGCUUUAAUGACUUUACUUUACUUUCUUUGCCUUGCAGAGGUGGGGUGAAAAUUUAAGAAGGAGUGAGCCACCUCUGCUUGAAUUGUCGAAGGGCUGUGGCUCAGUGGUAGAACGUCUGCUCUGCAUGUGGAAGAUCCAGGUUCAGACCCUGGAAUCUCUAGGAUGCCUAAGAAAGAUACCGGCUCCAAACCCUGGAGAGUUGCUGGAUAUUAGCGUUCGUAGACAGUGUAGUGAUAGAUGGACCAAUAAUUUGAUAAGGCAGAUUCCAGUGUUCCUAAGUAAUUUGACAUACUAGUAUCAAGAAAGCCAGUGUGGUGUAGUGGUUAAGAGCGGUAUACUCGUAAUCUGGGGAACUGGGUUCGCAUCUCCCUCCUCCACAUGCAGCUGCUGGGUGACCUUGGGCCAGUCACACUUCUUUGAAGUCUCUCAGCCCCACUCACCUCACAGAGUGUUUGUUGUGAGGGAGGAAGGGAAAGGAGAAUGUUAGCCGCUUUGAGACUCCUUCGGGUAGUGAUAAAGCGGGAUAUCAAAUCCAAACUCCUCUUCUUAAGUCCUAAAGAUCUGCAGUGGUGCAUCUGUUUGUAUUAGCUGUGCAGUGCCCUUCCAACAUAACCGUAAAGGAGCUUUGAAAUUUAUUUAUGCACACAUGCAUGCACGUACAUUGGGGCUGUGUUUGGCACACUUAUUUGCAGGUGCAGUACAUUUUUUAGGACUGGACUGUAAGUGCCAUUAGUAUACUAUAAAUGUCUGCUUAUUAUAGUCCUUUUUUUAAGGAUCAAUCCUUUCUCAUGAUUAAACUCAGUGCAUUGCUAAGCACCCUUAGGCUCCAUAGAUUCUGGAGAGGCAAGCAUCCAUAGAUAUGUGUAGAAUUAUGGCUAGUGUUUACUACUGUAAAGAAGGCAUUUUGCUUCUUUGUUCUGUGCUCCACGGGUAAACCAGAUGAUGACCCUCCAAGACAAAACGAGCCAGGGUUCAUAGCUCUCAUUAUUGCUGACAUAGUACACUUGGCUCUUCAAACAAACUUAAUAGUGACACCAAUUGUGGAUAGUACCGAUUCCAUGCCUGGUAGCCACUAAAUAGGCUUUCACUCAAGACGGACUAAAUCAGACACCAAAGCCAGAAGCAAUUGAAUAGACGGCUUUGCAUUUUUUAAUAUACCUGGGAGCUCACUUUACCGUUUUUCUUAAUAAUGAGAACAAUUACAGCAUUAAUUUGUAUGGGGUAUAUCUGACCAAGCAUGUUGUACUGAAAUCUCAUACAGCCCUAAUGUAAAGAAGGUUGAGGGGGAGUUGUGGGCCAAAUAUCUUUUAGUUGGGAAAUAACACUGGUUAUUUCCAGUGUUAUUUUUCUAGAAGAAGAGGUGCCGGAAUUCACCAUAAACACCUCCCUCGUUCUCUUAGAAUGGCAGUGGCACCCCAUUGAGAAGUGCCGGAAUUGAGUUCUGGCUGAAAAAAAGCCCUGGUUAUUUCCAAAGUGGCCUAAAGUGCAUUAUGUGCUUAGACCACUCAAACACACUAUAUAUGUGCUAGGUGCAUUUAUACAAGUUAUUCAAAAGCAGAGAUUCUGAAAUCUCUGAGCAACUACAAUAGCCAAUUUCCCUCUGAAACCUGACAUUUCCUCUCAGUCGGCUUACAAGAGUUCCAGCUGAGUUAUAUGGGGAAUCAAAGCUAUUGUGUCCUGUAAUUGUGAGGUAAAAGAAGUUUUAAAAAUAGUCCAGUGCCAUUUUUAUAAACGUUGUAUUAUCUAGGGGUCUGCAGUAAUGGAAGAGUUUGUUAAAUAGUUGGGGUUUUGCUUUUUUAAAUUAAUCAAAGCUUUUGUCAUUGGCAAGUGGAUUCUUUGGACUUUCAUCCCAAUUUUAAGCACAUUUCUUAAAAUUUAGUUCCAUUAAUUUUAGUGGUGGACAGUUCCCAGUGUUGUGUAGAAUUGGGGCACUGUACAAUUGUCAGAAGUGGGUGUUGACCAAGAAUGCCCUUUGCGUCAUUGUUGGGAGAAAAAAGGCUUGCAGGUGGGUAUGUACUGGCCUUGGUAUUGAGGGCUGAAGCUCAGCUCUAGAAUCUUGCAAAGUUGUUUUUCCAUAGUUUAAUGGUGCAUGAAAUUCAUCUUUUAAGAAAAGGGAGAUUAACUGGUUACAGAUCAAUGGGAAAUGAAGCCUGGGCUUGCCCAGGGAACACUUCAGAGAGCUACAGCAAUAUGACAAUCUAUGGCUAGAGUGUUUUAUGUGUGCAGCGUGUGAGUAAAGGCAUGUUCAUUGUAAUAAAUGAUCAGCUUAUCUCAGGCCUGGUUGGAGGAAAAUGUGAAAGCGUGGGAUUUGGGAAAUUCAGAAUAUGGCUUCCAAUGCACAGUGUAGCAGGACCCAUAGAAACCUGGAAUCUUUACUUCAAAAGAGAGAGGAAGUGAAAGAGGAAGUUUAUGUGUAAUUUAAUAAACUGUAGAAUUGUGGAAGAAACUGUAGGAAGCAGAAUACUGUAUGUGCUUACCUCUGUAUCUAGCUAGGGCAGGUGUGGCUCAGAUCUCUAGUCACACUUUAUUAUUUGAUGAGACAACUCUUCCCCCUCCCUUCCUUCUUUUUUAUUUUUGGAAGCCCCUUUAGAAGCUUCAGAAUUUAAUGGCAGAAGAGGGGAAAGGAAACAGGAUACACACGAGCAGGCCAUGCUUCCUAUCCUGUGUGCUGCUUCGUUGUGAUGCCUAAAGCAAAGAGAGGUGUUAAGCUUUUUUUGUAUUAACAGCUUGCAAAUUUUACCACUGACGGAGUUUCAAAGUUUAUGUUUUCAGCUGUUCUGGCCGUUUUAAAGACUUGCAGAAAGCAGAUGCGAUUGACGCAGAGUCACCUCAAAGCCCUCCAGAGCCCAGACCUGUGCUUCCAGCCUAUAGUUGAAAACAUUCUGUUUGUUUUAGCUUUUGCUGUUUCUUAGAAGGCCAUCAGUCACUGUUUGCAGCUAGUCCUUUGAUUAUUAGAUUGUCUGCUGGAACUUCAGCCUGGGAGUGAAUUACCCUUGUAUUGGCUGGAGGCUGCAUUAACCUGAGCUGGAUAGGACACAGUGAGAACUAUAUAAAAGGAAGCACUCCGUGUUUCAGGGGUCAGGAUCAUGUUUCUCUGAAGUGGGCCCAGGGGCUGAUAACCUUGUUUAUUUGUGGUGCUGAGAAACCAGGUGAAACUAGAGCACUUUCAUGAAUGUCCAUGGACAGCAUUAAUUAUAGCAAAAUGUUUCCAUUGUGGUUUUGCAGCACAGGAGCAACACCACCACUGCUACCUAAACUGGGCGCAUGCCAUACAUUUAAAGCGCAUGGCUUCCCCUGAAGAAACGUGGGAACUGUAGUUUGUCAAGGGUGCUGGGGAUUGUAGCUCUGAGAGGGGUAAAUGGCACCCAUUUGCUCAGUCCACAUGGCACUGAGGCAGGCUGGAGGACAGAGUCUGAAGAACAGAUCACAUGUGUUCCCUUGUCCAUCAGAUGGGAACUCUAGAACCAACAUUUUUGUUAUCGUUUCUUUUUUGAAGUUAAUUUAUUUGAGAAUUUACCCUUCCAUGAUGCUAAACUGUGAAUAUGUUGCAGGAGAGUAGAGUGGUACAAUUCUACCCUAGUUUUCCCCCACCUUCUUUAAAUCUUGCUGUUCUUGGAGUUUGUCUUUCACAGCAUAUGCACGAAAGUUGGUUAUAGCAUGAAAGCAAAUAUUGCCUUGCCAUCCACGGAGACAAAUCUCUCGAGUACUUUACCUGUUUAAAGUUUCAUGUUGGAAGUGGUCACAAAUAGCAGUAGGAUUAAGAAGGGUUUGGGGGAGUCCUCAACAAAUAUUCCAGUUUAAUUAAUUUAAAGCCAGAGGUGGGCAGAAUAGAUGGGAAUCUACUGGUGGAUAUCUGGGUGAUUUGUGCAGUCUUGUCAAGGAUUUCUGACUUAAUUGUUCAGCAACAGCAGCAACUCCCCCACCACAAUUUAGGUUGCUGCAAUUAAAAAAGCUUUGUUGGGGGAGAGGAAUGAAUUUUUGUGAGAAAGGACAGUGAGCUCACUUCUGGCACAGAAGGACAGCGAGCACACUAAGUUGUAUUUAGCUUCUGUUGGUGAACCUGUGAGUUCUAGGGGGGAAAGCAAAGUAGAUCUUGCUAGCUUGGAAGCACGUAGACAUUACUAGCUUAAAACACAGCAAGCUCCUUUACAUCGCCUCUGAUGUCAAGACCUCCACCUCCUUGAUCCAAGAACCAAGAUCUGCAAGUUUUCUCUCUGAUCCUUAAGGGCUCUCAGUUGUUGUGCCAUUCCUUCCAUUGUAUUAAGAGAAUAGUCUGCCUGAGUUCCUCUGGUGGCUAGCUGCCAUUUUUGAAGCACCUAGAAGAAGAAGAGUUUGGACUUGAUAAUCCCGCCUUUCACUCCCCUUAAUGAGUCUCAAAGUGGCUAACAGUCUCCUUUCCCUUCCUCCCCCACAACAAAUACUCUGUGAGGUGAGUGAGGCUGAGAGACUUCAGAGAAGUGUGACUAGCCCAAGGUCACCCAGCAGCUGCAUGUGGAGGAGCGGGGAAGUGAAGCCGGUUCGCCAGAUUACGAGUCCACUGCUCUUAAUCACUACACCACGCUGGCUCUCAGCAGCUACAGCAGAUGGAGACCUCUGGGAGGCGUUUUUAUAUUUUAGUCUUAAAAAGUCAGUAAGAUAGGAAUCUUUACCUUUGCCUACUUCUGUCAGCACAUCGUACCCAGGGCCAUUGUUUAUAGCCAAAUCGGCAUACGCAGGCCUUUGUUGUGGGCCAGAAUCAGUCAAAAUUUUGAGGAGCUCCACCACUGCAUGUCCUUCAGCAAGUUCUGCCUUCUCCACAAAUUUCAUUCCUUAAAUUUCUUUUCAGUGAAUAUAUUCAAGGAGGUGUCAAAUUUUGUUUUCUCUCAGAACAAUUCCAUACUAUUUUCAUCUUACUCAAGUGGGACCUAAAACAAGAUGUUGAAGUGUGGAAUACUCCUGUCCAGGUGUACUCCAUACCCUUUCCCAGGAUACUCUGCAGAGCUGGACAUUUAAUGAGGAACACUGAGACACAUGCCUUAGGCAGCAGAUUACAAAGAGUGGUGGAUUAUGCCCAGCCUAUUUGCCACCCAUAGACCUGCCCUGACUCCCUGCUGCUGCCACCAGCUCUGUGACUAGCUGCUACCUGCCCCCACCCCCGUGGCUGUUAGUGCCACGGCAGCUGUCACCACCUCCACUAAUAAUCUCCCUCUUGGUCAGGCACCCCAAACUCGGCCCUCCAGAUGCUUUGGGGCUACAGUUCCCAUCAUCCCUAGCUAAGAGGACCAGUGGUCAGGGAUGAUGGGAGUCCCAAAACAUCUGGAGGGCCAAGGUUGGGGGUGCCUGCUCUUGAAUGGGGCUGGGUGCCAUAUUGGCUGCAUAAGGAUCUAUACUUGGAAAAUGAGUUAGCUAUUGGUUUAUAUAAUUUACUGAUAAUUUGACAAUGGUGCUGUGGGCAUGGACGUUUUGAUUGCUGUAUUUAAAGCGGAAAGAGAAAUGUGGAACUGGGAAAUGAAAAUAUGAAUACUUAAGAACAGCUGACGCGGCUACCAUAAAUAUGAUCACUUUCAAGGUUAAUGGGAAAACACGCUGAAUGGGUGUUGAACUAAGCACAGACUUCUCAUUUUUAGUUUGACAUUUCAGCUGUUUACAACAAACCUCCAGCCUUUUCUAGCUGAUUGCACCUCCCUUCUUUUUUUCUUGCCACCCUCAUCCCCUCCAUUGUUCCUAUGGUCUGAGUGUAGUUUAUAAUUAAUUUGCAUGCUGAACAUCAAAAAAGAAAAAGUGAUUUCAUGAUACGUGAGUGCAUUUUCUGGUCUGUUAACUUCAGUUAUAAUGUUGAGCUGUAAAGAGUAUCCAUUAUACUAUGUUAUCUAGAAUAAGGGAUAAGCGUGUAUUAUGUGUGAGCUAAUCACAUUUUCAGUAUGCCAGCCUUAUCUAUUGUUGUCCUUAUCUGUUUAACAUGACAACUGGACAAAGCAAAAUCAAGCCUUUUCAGUUUUGAAAAUUUUAUGGAAGUUGCAUUUUGUUACACAGCGUGUUACUUUUAGGUAAGAUUGCUAGACUUCUAAUUAAAUCUCCCAUUUUCUCAUUUGUUCUUCGUAAAAAAAAAAAAAGGCUGGGAGGCAUUGACUUACUUGGGUUGGAGCAAUUCCAUGGAAGCACAAUAUAGUGUCACCCACUGUUCAUUCAAUCAGUUCUACAUUUGCACAGGCUGAGAGAUUCCGUAAGCCUAUGUGGGAGCUGGUCAUUGCACAUAUUGUAACUGUCACUUAGCAACCUGCAUUGUGAUGCACAACUUCUCUGUGCUAAAUACUAAGGCUGUGGAGCACGAAUGGAAUGGAAAACGGGGACAAAAAAAACCUUGCAGGCCAAAGGAUCAAGGGAAUUUUGUCACAGUGUGUGUGGUACAUUCUUCACCAUAACAAAGAACCUUACAAGGUUCUGCCUUAAAAAAAAGAGAAAAGAAUAAAGUAUGCAUAUAUCAAGAAUUAGAAUGAACACCAUGUAUAUUUCUUUCUUUUUCUUUUGUUUUCUGAAAGCCAUUUUCAGUUUAUUUGCUUUUAUAACCGUUGUACUUUGUUUUGUUUAGUAUUUUAUGCUAAGUUCUAUUUUGCGAUUAAUCAUGUACUACCAGUCCAUUGGGUUGUAUACGAUGUUAGUUGGAAUAGUCCCAUUUAAAUUAAUGGAGGUUACUAACUUUGGUUCAUCAAUUUCAGUGGGUCUUUUCUGAGUAGAACUUAGCUGGAAUACAAUUGCCUGAAGAUUAUAAGUAACGAGGUCCAGUUAUGUUUCUCUGCUGACUCUAUGGCUUGUUGUAUUUUUCUUCAGGAAGCGAUCUUAUUUAUGCAGCUGAUGUUUCCCAUCUUACGUGUGUGAACUGGAACUAACCAGUGAUACAGCAUCAGAAACCUAAAUUUCCAUGUUCUUAGCAUAAAACAAACACAUACUUCACUUCUACUAGGAAUGUUCCAGUUGCCAGGUUCAUCGUAUGCGGUUCUGAACGUUUGAGGUUUAGCAAGAGUGCAACUCCUGGUUUGUGAUAUAAGAAUCUAAGUAAAACAAUAAAAGCCUUUCCAGACUUUAAGCAUUUUCAUGAUACCAACUGUAUCAUGCUGAAUGCACUUGAAUAGUACUAAACUACAAACACAUGGGAAGUCAAUGAAGAUUACAAAUGAGUGGAGCAAUUGCAAUUGCCACAUUGCAUUGUAUAAUAGCAGCUCUGCAAAAGUACUGAAAAUUUGCAUCCCUCCUUUUGGGCAACUACUGCCUUCUUGUUUAAUAACCAAGGAAUUUUAGCACUCGCAUCUCAAUACCUAUAGUCACUGAAAGUUUGGACAUUCCCUGUAACAUCUAAUCUACAUGUCCCUAUUUGUGCAGCUGAAACUGAUCCAAUAAUGGCUUUUAGCCCUGAUUAAACUUUGAGAAGUCUCUGAUAAGUUAAUGCUCAAAAGACCGGGAACACACGCAGUAGAUGUGCAUGCUGUUGAUGGAAUUGCUCGUGAGUUUCCUGGGUGUACCGAAUGCUGGGUACAGAAUGCUGGACAUUGGGCCAAAUGCAUAAAAGUGAUCCAUAUGGUCUUGUGACUGAAUGGUUCUUUGAAAAUGCACAUUCCUGCACGAAAUAAAAUUGGUUUACUGAAAGCAGCCUCUUUAGAACCUACUGAACGCUUCUAUGUGUCUGUGACAAGCUAUGGAAAGUUCCCACUUUCCAGGUACUAGCUGACAGCCCCUAUCAUUGACAUGGAUGAUAGAGGUGCUAAGUACUAGGUAGCAGGUGGCUUUGGAAAACCUCCAGAGAAUUUAUUUAUUUAUUUGCCAUAGAACAAGAUGAAGGUUGAGUGCUCUGUUGUGAUGGAGUGUUUGUUUUCACAGUGCAGUGAUUUAGUGGCGACUCAUGAUGUCACAUUAGUCAUAACACAGAGAAAUUGGCACACAGUGCGUAUCUGCUCUGUUUUUUACUCUCUACAUUUGACACGACCCCCAACCCAGUAUACUUGGCAGUUGUUCAUAAAACACACUGGAGGUAUUUAGUAAAGCAUGUUGUGAGGUUAGCCAACUUUUAAGGUCUGGGAGAUUUGAGUUUAGCUACUGGUUGCUUGAGUUAAGAAUAAUUGAAAAUUCUUCACAGCAACCCAGUAAGUCUAGCAUUGUGUUUAAUGUCAAGACUUGAAAGAAGCCAUUGGAGAUGAAAACCAGCCUUUGGCCACCUGGUGCCAGCCAGAUGUUUUGGAAAGCUGAUGUAAACAAUCCAGCUUCAUGUAAAGCAAAGGCAUCAGCUUAUGCUAUUUUGGAUUGUAAAUAAGAGAACACAAUGGCUAGAAUUACUUACAGUACUUGGCAAUGAAACUUGCUGAAGAAUUGGGUGGAGGAAGUUGAACUCAAGACCCUAUGCAUGCUGAUAGCACUAUAUAAGUAAUGGAAGUAAUAUUGGGAUUUUGAAAAGGAACAGGACCAACUUCUGCACUGGAGCAAAGAGGAUGUCUUUGGCAACUUCUACCCAAGAAGCCCAAAACAAGAUCUAAAGAGGUUGGUCUUUCUCACAAACAUUUGCAUACACACAAACCAGGCUGCACAUGCAAAUGUUGGCAUCUGUCUGGCUCAAGAGACAAUUCUGGGCUCUUCUGGAGGUGAAGCCAAACUGCUGCGUGAGCACCGAAGUGACCUCCCCGGGGUGCAAGGCUGGGCAGUGUGUAUGGAGGUCCUAGGCUGCCCAGACAACAAUUCUCUAAAAAUUGUAAGGUGACUUUUCAUAAAAGAAAAGUGAGUUGCUGUGGAAAGGGAUGGAGCCAAAGUUCAUUCUCUUCCUCAAAAUACUCAAUGGCAAAGUCCAGAUUCUGGGUUUUUCACCUGCUUUUAAAUAAGCGUGAUAGCCCAGUUUGCAUGUUUAUCUCUACAGUGGUACCUCAGGUUAAGUACUUAAUUCGUUCCGGAGGUCCGUUCUUAACCUGAAACUAUUCUUAACCUGAAGCACCACUAUAGCUAAUGGGGCCUCCUGCUGCCGCCGUGCCGCCAGAGCACGAUUUCUGUUCUCAUCCUGAAGCAAAGUUCUUAACCUGAGUUAAUAUUUCUGGGUUAGUGGAGUCUGUAACCUGAAGCGUAUGUAACCCGAGGUACCACUGUAUUCUGGUAGCAGGGAGUAUACAUCUCCUUUAUCCUCUCCCAGCCCCUCAAUUCCUGUUUUCAAUUUAAGCAGGUGAACUUGAGGGUGCAGCAUUAAUGAAUUUGUGAAUCAUCAGGCGGGUCUAUACAGGCUGCUACUUUUAUUAUUAUGUGAGUCAGUUCAAUUUCUUCUCUUUUCCACUCAAGAAACUCUUAGCUGGCUGCUUGCAUCCUGAUUCUGGCUUCAUUUCUGCCCUUCUGUGGAGCUGGAGUACUUUAUGAUAUCCCUAUGACGAUGCUGUUUCUUCCUUCCUUUGAAUGCUUUGUUUCUUUUCUCUCAUUUCUUUUAACAUAAAUAGAAUAUAAAAAAGAUACAUCCAGAAAUAGCAGGGCAGCAUCUUCAAAAAGGGACAUGGUGUAGAAUUUCAUAUAAAUAAAACACUACGUUUUGCAAGAAGAUGGAUUGUGCAGGGAUUCAAAUCUCCCAGGAUGUAGAGUAGUAUUAAUCAUUGGUGAAGUGUUCAUGAGUGAACAAACCGCAUGUGAACAAAUCAUUGCAGUGAAUCCUUAUGGGAUGAUACCUAUCAGAAAAGCUAUUAUGAAUGUGCACAGAUAGAGGUCAUGCAUUGGGAAAUGGUACUGGAAGCAGAAGAAACCACAUUUGCUAUUUUCUCCAUUCUUAUUUUAGUAGCUUGUGUGCAUGUGUGUUAGUUAAUGUUUGCUCGGAUCUGGUAGCAGCACACAGCAGAGGUCAUGCACUGGAGAGCCCAUGUGGAGUGGUGGUUGGAACUAGGACCUGAGAGGCGAGAGUUGAAAUCCCAACUCAACCAUGAAGCUUGAUGGGUGACUUUGAGUCAGUCAGUCUGUCCCUCAGCCUAAUCCAGGCAUAGGCAAACUUGGCCCUCCAGAUGUUUUGGGACUACAAACAACUCCCAUCAUCCCUAGCUAACAGGACCAGUGGUCAGGGAUGAUGGGAAUUGUAGUCUCAAAACAUCUGGAGAGCCGAGUUAGCAUAUGCCUGGCUUAAUCAAUCUCAUAGAGUUGCUAUAAGGAUAAAAUGGGGGGGGGGCUCUCCCACCACCUGCAGUUAGGUAAACUUGGCUCUGCUGGGAGGAGGAGCCCCUUGCUUCUGGGUGGGAGGUCUAGCAAGCUGUCUUUGAUCACAGCUCUCUGAAACCUGGUGCCUGUGCUGACAAAUAUCAAAACACAAACAGCUGUUAAAUUAAAUGGGCAGUUGCUGGAAAACGGAAAUUUUCUGUGACCAGGCCCAAUAUUGUCAUACACACUUCCCCCUUCCAAUAAGUACGAAACAAAAUUCUGCUUAUUCAGUCUCUUUUUGUUGCUCUCUAGCUGACUAUCUCACAUUUUCUUAUCUUAGAAACCUUGGGCAUUUUCUUUUUUUAACUUGGAAGCUUAUCACGAUCAGGCUUGGGAAGCCUUACUGUAGACAAAUCAUGACAAAAGGUAUAUAAUUGAUUCUGAAGUGAAAUUGGAGCAAAGACACAUUUCCCCCCGAAGUUGGAACAGUUUCCUUAAAACAGCUUAAUUCAGAAUAUUGAUUUUGCCAAAGACUCUAAGAGGUUGUGGACCCACUUGCAGCAUGCCCCAUAGGCAGAGUCAUGAAAUAAUAACGGGUGGAACAAACUUGACACAACUUUCUGGAGUUAAGACUCUGCCACAACUUUAUUGAUUACAGAUUUAGGUAGGCUUUGGCUUAGGCAUCGGGUGUGUAUCCUAUAUCAGCCUUUUGUAGGAAGGCUGAAGUUUGGACAGGGUCAUGCCUGGGUUAUGGACCACCUCAAGACACAGGUCAACUAAGCUGGUCCUCCCCAGGCUGAGUCCAGAAGUUCUAUGGCACUUCUACACCCGCUUGGCUUCAGGACAGAAACUUCAACUCAGACCCCUUCACUAGGGUACCCUGAGAUUGGUUAUAGAUGCAAUAGCACCUGAUAAUGGACUGGAAAAAAACUGUGUUUUGCUUUUGUAAAGCAAAGAACACAAAGCAUCCGAUUCUACAAAGAUCGCCUCCUGUCUUCCUAUCCCUUGCAUGCAAAUUUGAUUUUUAAAAAAUUGAUUAAAGUCUUACUGAUACUGGAGAUAUAGCAGUUAACCUUUUAGAUCAUUUAACAGAUCUGAAUGUCCUGUUUGCCAAUGUAAAGAAACUUUGUUUUUGAUGAGAGCCAAAAGUCAUUGGUGUACAGCCUGCACGCUUUCUGACUGCGAGGUACCCUGAUGAAACUUUAAUGCCAUUUGUCAACAGAUAUCCUUUUAUUGUAUACAGGAAACAAGCAAGAGUUAGAUAAGCUAAAAAUAAUCCCCGGGCUCAGCAGGGGCUCCAUUGGAGAAGCCCACAUGUGGAGGCACAGAACAUUAUAUGUGGAAGAGACUUCUGAGCUGAUCCCCCAACCUGUCCCUCUGUCCCCUCGGGGUUCCUUUAUAGAGAAAGAAAAGACGAUAGUAAAAGGCCGGCGGGGAGAAGAGAGUGCAGUUUGGUUCAUUACUGUGAAAAAGAAGCUGUCAAUGUGUCACUUUCUUUCAUUCUUCCUCCCUUGCCAGGCCUUUCUUGAUCCAGGGAAUGGAGACUUAAAUCAAACAGUCAGGAUGAAUGAUGAAACCGCACAGUGUGUGUAAAACAAAACAAAGAAGAAGAAGAAGAGGGCAACCAAGAGCGGGGCUGGAUGUGGGGCACCAUCUGGAGGCAGUGGAGAACAGUCCGCUGAUUGUUUCCUUUAUUUCGCUGAGGGCAGAGUCUGGUAGUUGAAAGGCCUUGGUAGGGAGGCAUUCCCUUGUCUCUGUGUAACAAACAAUAGCCAGGCCUUGUAAAGCCCCGGCAUCUUCGAAGUAUAGGUACUGUUUUUUUAUGGUACGAUAAGACCAGAGGAGCAAAUAAGUAGCAUUGCCUAUCAGCCUUCUAGGUUGGAGGGACAAUGCCUUCAGUUUUUAAAAUGGAGCCUGAUGGGUUCUUCUGUGUAGACUCUUACUUGUUUCUGUUUCUAUUUACAGUCGUACCUCCAUUUACGUAACCCUCUGGUUACGUAAACUUUGGGAUGCGUGCGCGGCAAACCCGGAAGUAUUUUACCGGGUUUCGGCGCAUGCGCGGAAGCGGUGCUCAGGUUGCGGAAACCUUGGGAUCCGACCGGACCUCCAGAAAGGAUCCCGUCCACAACCAGAGGUCCCACUGUGUUUAUUUUGCAAAGACAUCGGUUCUACAGGUUUCUUGGAGCAUAUGCAACCUGGUGCAGAGGCACAUUUAAGGGAGUGCGGUCCAUUUGCCCACACUGGGCACCAAGUCGAGAUGGUGCAGCAGGGGGCACCGCAACAAUGCCUAAUGACGGGGUGGGCACCAAAUUUUGGCAUCUCAGGGCGCCGCUGAAAUUUUGAUGUCCAAAGUCUGCCAUUUCCUGGUGCCCUCCAUGUUUAACUUCUACAUUUCCUUUUAGUCCAAAACAUGUAGAAGGCACCAGGCUGGCAAAAAUUGGUAUAUGCUAUAAAGAUUUUCUUAUGGAGAUGUUGCAAAAUAUAGUCUCUUUGCAAAAUCCUUUGCAAGUGCAAUGUAUGUUCUAAAUUGCCAGUGGUACUAAUCAUAAUGUUUCCAAAUAAAUAAGUACUGAAACCUCCUUGAGAAAAUGGGGUUGGGAGUCUGGGCCUCGCAACAGAAGAGGCCCCAUCUCCGGUAGCCACCCACUUAGCCUUUGAAGGUGCCUGAAGCUAGGCCUCAAAUAAUGUCUCAGCAGGUUAAUACAAGCAGCCCUCCCUCAGUUUGCAAAGUAGUUCAUCAGGAGAGUGUCACUUCCAAACGUAAGAAACACUAAGAUUAGAAGCCUGUUGGUGAAGUUGCCAGAAUCUUGUGUGUUGUUUGGAGAUCAGGACUGUUAAUUUACAUUUGUUUAUUUUUAUUGUUUUCUGACUGUUUUCAAUAUAUUUUUCUGGAUGUUUGGGGGUUUUGAAGUUUUGAGGGGUUUUUUUUUUUAAAAAAAAUUAAGUUGCUGAGCUACUUGGAAUGCUUCUGUGGAAAGGCACACUAUAAAUGUGAUAAAUUGAACAGGGUCUUUUUUUUACCUCUUUUUAAUGCAUCUGUUGAUACCACAAUGAACUGUGUCAUUACGUAAAUAUGGCAGUUCUGUGGCUCAUAGUUUCCUCAACUGCGUGUGGUCUAAACUCCCCUCAUUAUUGUUCGCAGCCUGCCUCCACUGAGCAACCAGCAGAAGGACUUUUCCUGUGUUUACAUUCAGCUUCCACAAAUCCUAGCUUGUCAUUACUUAGCAACAACUGUCAUUUAAAACAAACUUGUAAGUUUCCAACCAAACUAUUUCCAAACCAUGGGUUAUGAAGCUGGCUUGUUUGAUUUAAACCACAAGCCCUGGUUUGUACAUAAUAACAAACCAGGUUUAGUGGAUAUUGAAAGUAAACACAGUAGUAGGAUCCUCCCUUCUCUCUUUCUCUCUCCCCCCGUGUGUGUGUGUACAUGAUCCCAAGGUUUGGUCAGACUUAGUCUGGCUCACACAUGUAGCACUAACCUAUGGUUUAGUGUUUUUUACAAAACAGCCCAUUGAUUUGAGUACUGCAUUUUGUUUUCUGUUUUCAGCUUUGUUAUUAAAAAAAAUAAAACAAAGACCACUUAAAAAGUAGCAGGUUAUAUUUAACUUCCUUGCGUCUUUUAUUUUUUUUCAAGAUUUGAGAAACUCAUUUAAAUUCUUUCUUGCCUAGAUUAAAGGCUCCAUGGUUAGUACUGUUAAAAGGAUGAAAGAACAAACAUUUGCAAUGUAUUCUUUUAUUCAUUUCAGAAAAUAACUGAAAAAAAUUAUACGCACCAGAGCUUUCCAUUGUAUUGUUGGGUUUAUAGUUUCCUGUUCUCUUUCUGUGCAUGUCCCUCUUUGUGUGUGAACGAGUCAUAUCUAUAUCUAUAUCUAUAUCUAUAUCUAUAUCUAUAUCUAUAUCUCUACAUCUACAUAUAUAUAUAUCUCAUAAAACAGAUGUAUGCAUACACACAGAAAAUAUUUGUGUGUGUGUGUACACAUUCUGUAGACUGAUGAAAUAUGGUCUACUGGCAAUUUAUUCUGCAUAAUUUUGGCUGUGUUCUUUGCAGCAUAUUUAUUUAUAUCUGCUAGAAAAAGCUCUGAUAUUCCAUAUAUCAAUAUGUUGUAAUGGAACUGGCUACACCCCCCCCAUGGCAUGCAUAGUUUUCUGCCUCAAAACAGGUUUAGAGAUCAGGUUCAACUUUCCUUUAGGAAACAAAAUGAUAGUUUCUAAAUGUAAAAAUGAAAUUUCUUAUUAUUUUAAGGUACUCAUUCUUGAGAUCCAUGUUGGUGCGCACACACACACACACACACACACAUAUAUAUAUAUAUAUGCACCGAGAUCCCUGUUUAGGGCAAGUCUUCUUUGGUGAGAGAACCACAGUAGAGAUUUAAAAUCACAAAAUAUGCAGCAAAGUAAAGCAUGGAAAUACAGGUUGUUGGACCUUUAAAAUACGCUUCUCCAAGUGAAUUGCAAAAUGUCCCCUUAAAAAAUUUCUUUCCAAAGUUUUCUCAUCCCUCAGCAUAGGAAGAAGACCACAUGCUUGGUAUGUUAAAAUUUGGUUUACUUAUAAACUCUUCAAAGGUCAGGUUCAUAUACUGCAGAAAAGGUUGCCCAGGCAGUAGCUAGCUUAGCUAAAAGUGGUAAAAGUUCCUAGUUUAUUGGUAUGGGAACUCAAGAGGGGCUUGUUAAAGCUAUGUGGCUGGAAGGAGCAGCUCAGAGCUCACACACUGAAGUUCACAUGUAGACUGGAGGAGAAUAAAGCUUGAUUACCUAGCUCCUCCAAAGGUGAGGGGAAGUGGACAUAGCUAAGCCUGGCAGCUUACUUUAUGGUAUUAACUCUAUCAUGUGUGACUUAAGCAUGAUGGUUAUACAAGUCUGGUUAUCCCACAAUCCAGAGAUACUGUUAAGUUAAAAAUACAUAUUUUUAAUAUAUACGCGUAUACACACAUAGAAAUAAUGAUGGUCUGGAAAGAAUAAAAAGAAAAUCUAGAGUGAGUCUGGAAUCCAGGCAAUGUUCAAAGAUAUCAACUGCUUCCUUUGUAUUAAAUUGCAAGAAGCAAUAGAACUGAAUUCCAACCAGCAUUUUGCUAGUAUCUCACUCCAAAUAAGUUAGCUCAGUUACUUCAUGUAGAUACAGUGGUACCUCAGUUUACAAACGCUUCGGGUUACAAACACUUCAGGUUACAAACUCCACUAACCUGGAAGUAGUUGCUCCGGGUUGUGAACUUUGCCCUAGGAUGAGAACGGAAAUCACAUGCCAGCGGCGCGGUGGCAAUGGGAGGCCCCAUUAGCGAAAGCAUGCCUCAGGUUAAGAACGGUUUCGGUUAGGAACGGACCUCCGGAACGAGUUAAGUUUGUAACCCUAGGUAAAGGUAAAGGGACCCCUGACCAUUAGGUCCAGUCGUGACCGACUCUGGGGUUGCGGCGCUCAACUCACUUUAUUGGCCGAGGGAGCCGGUGUACAGCUCCCGGUCAUGUGGCCAGAAUGACUAAGCUGCUUCUGGCGAACCAGAGCAGCGCACGGAAACGCCGUUUACCUUCCCACCAGAGCGGUACCUAUUUAUCUACUUGCACUUUGAUGUGCUUUUGAACUGCUAGGUUGGCAGGAGCAGGGACUGAGCAACGGGAGCUCACCCCGUCGCAGGGAUUCGAACCGCCAAAUCCUAGGUACCGCUAUAACCCUAGGUAUAACCCUAGGUAUAUGUAACCCUAGGUACCGCUAUAUUAAAAAACAAAAUGGGGGACAAGCCAAAACCCUGUGGGACACCAUAGUGCAAAGGCUAUGGCAUCAAACCAUAGCCCCCCUCCCGACCUGACAGGCCCAGAACCACUGCAAUACACAAUGCCUGAAAGGCUCCACCCAACCAGGCAGAAUAAUAUAACAAUCUAUGGUAUUUAAAGCAGCUGAGAGGCCUUAAAGGUCAAAAGAACGUCGGAAGAGCCUACAGGAUCAGGCCAGGCCAGUAGUUGAGCAUCCUGUUCGCACAGUGACCAACUAGAUGCCUAUGGCAAGCCCCAAAGCAGGAACUGAGGGCAACAAGACUUCUAUGAAUACCACCAACUGGUAUUCAAAGACAGACAAGCUCCAACACUGGAGUUAGAUUUAGCUAAUCAGCCACAGCGGUCUUAGUCCCAUAUCCCGGCCAAAAGCCCAAUGGAAAUAGGUCUAGAUAAUCAUUAACUGUGAUAUGUCCGGAGUUGUGAGACCACCACCAUAUAUUUUGGCUUAGAUUACGUGAUCCUAAUCACACUUCUAUGAAAGCUCUAAACUUCCUUGAAUAUCACCUGCAGGUGAUGUUUUAAUUUCUUCAGAACAAUUUGCUUUGGCCAUCCUUACAUUAUGGUCAUGUUCAGUCACGGUAUCUUCCUGUUUCCCAUCUUUAUAAGGUGGCUGCCUCUCUAUUUCUUAGAUAUGUAUAGCACACCAUUCUUCUCAAAUGUGAAUAAAUGUUACAUUGCUAUUUCUGGGCGAACCCUUUCCGACCCAUCUUCUAGCAAUCUUAAUUUAUUGCUGUUUUCAAUUAUGUUACUUAAAAUCUGGAGUUGUCUUUAAAGUUGUUUUGUUUUGUUUUUGGAAUUUGUAUUGCAUUUCUUGCGUUGUUUCCUUUUAGUUAGGAAAUGUAAAUUGCGUUGAGAUUUCUGCUGAAAUGCGAAGCGGUAUGUAAAAUUAAAUAAAUAUUAUUUCUAAAACUGACACCUGCUUUCACUUCCUCAAUCAGAGGCUGAAAGUUAUAUACUGUACAGGCAACUCCCCAUUUACGUGCAUUCAAUAUGUGUGUGUCUGCGCAUACAUGCAUUGUGCCCAGGCCUGAAGUGACUCAAAAACAUCACAGAAAGGGGUGGGGUGGGCGGAAUGGAGUGUUUACACACUUUUUCAAAUAUAUGUGUUUUCACUUAAACGCAUGUGGUGCCUUGAACCGUCACAUAAAUUUGGAGUUGCCUGCAUGUAUAUGACGCUCAUUUGCUAAAUUCAUGCCAUAUAACAUUUUGAGGCCAAUCUUGCACUGCACAUUGCCCUUGGUGUGCCACAACGAUCUAUUGAUUGCACAGAAUGAGAUGCAUGGGGAAGGUUUAAUGUUAUAAUUCAACGUUGUGUAAAAGUAUUGCAACCUUUAGAAGUUUGGGAUAAGGUUUCACUCUUAUGUGAAUGGGGCUAAGUUCUUCCAUGCCCUAGUUAGAUGGAUCGUCACCUGUGGUGCCUUAAGAACAAAAGGUUACCAAGGCUGUUGAUAUAAUUAAAAGUUCAUUUAGUCCUGCCCUGAGGAAGUAGAUAGAUGUGUGGCUCUUAAAAUUGGAUUUCCACAAGAGAAUGCAACCCCACACUGGUUGCAGCCCAAACCUCAGCAGGGUGUGUGCAUUUGCUGCUGUGUUCACUGGAGUUGUUAGUCUGGAGCAGUUCUGAAUUCCUAUGCCUUCAGAAUCACAAUGUGAACUUGCAUACUAUGGCUUCCAUAUGGAGGAAUCUCUCCUUGGCAGCUGUUACCACACUGUGCCCAGUUCAUGUGCAGCAAUUUGCCACAUGGAUCAAGCAGUCUUCAUCCCUUCAAACAUCCAGAAAGGAAGAUUGUAUGAGCAUUGCCAAAUCUGUAUGUUGAGCCACUGUACACAAAUGAUUUCAAGUGCCAUAUACAUGUUGGUCAUUGUAUGCAAACCAGGCCUUAGAGCCUGCCUUUAGACAUCUUGAAACAAGUUUAUAUACGGUCAUUUCCCCCCAUGUUAAACUCUUGGCAAUGAUGGCAGAACCCUGCAGAUAAUAUCUGGGUGGUGGUGAUGGAGAGGGGUUAUAUUUUGUGGGACAGGGAUAUUUAAUGCUUAUUGUGAACAUUCAAGAUGAGCUGCUUAUGAAGUAUUGCUUAUGUGAUGCUCCAUUGACUGUGCUUGCAACAUAGAUUAGGAGUUAAGUAAAUAUCUAUUAUUUCAUGGCAGGUGAGUUGAGCAUUCCAAAUGAAUGCAUGCCCCACAUUAUAUUUAAGAGAAGUCUAUUGAUUUCAGUGGAAGCACAUGCAAGAAACCAGUUUCACCUAUAGCAGGGUGUAGUAUAUGGUAAGUCCUUUAUGAAUUGAGAGACACGGUCAGCAAUAAUGUUUUGGGGAAAAGUUAUAUACUAUGGGGUAGCUAUCCUAAACAUUUCCAGUAUAUAAUCUAUGAACCACUACAUCAGCAUGCAUUAUUGUGUAUAAUGGUCUCCCAAAGUCUGAUGAGAGCUACUAGUGAGUCAGUUUGUCUGGUCUCUGUGAAUAAAUAAAUACAAAUCUUUAAUGUAAGUAUAACUCUUAUUAUUCAGUGGGACCAUGAAAACAAAGAAACAGCCUGGAAGCUCUAUAAUAUAUAGUUUCUUUUUUAAAAAAAGUGCCUUUGGGUCCCUCCAGCCCCAUGUAUAAGAUCACAGUCUGGGUUUAUUAUGAUACUGUAAACAGAGGAAGUGGUCUGUCUAUUCAGCUAGUAACUACGAACAGCUGGCUGUCUAGUGUCCCCUGAUGCAACUAAAGCUGGAAACAAAAAAUAAAUAACUUAUGUCCGAUUUCCAUCCUGUAUGGGGCCACCAUUUUGUACGUUCCCAUCCACCGCCAUUAAACUUUAUGUGUCCUUGUAGUGUUGUAUCAUGCUGGCUAGAACAGCUAUAAUGGGAAGAUUCCAUGAACUUGCGAAAUUGCUUACAGAACAGCCUUUAACACAGAUCACAAUGCUCAAGCUAUUAACCUGAUAAUAUAUCAGCAGCCCUUCACCAACACCAUAGACUGAUACAUGACUUCCUUUAAUUUAGCUCUUUUGGUACUUUCAUUUGUUCUUCUUAUUAUCCCUACUGUAUCUUUUCUCCAACAUAAUUGCCUCACUGUGGGUUUUCCUUAUUCUGUAGCCUCCUUUCUUACUCGUUCUGUAGAUGAAGAAUAUGCCGUUUUUUCAAAAGUUGGAAUUUAUUUGGGGCAAAACAACCUCUCAAAUAAUUAGCAGGAGAUGCAGAUGCAAGGAGACUUUUGUCUUGGAAUCCUAUUAACGUUAACAUUCGAAUUCUAAAGUAAAGUGUGAGGGAAAAGUGAAGCUUCUGUUGUGCUGUCUAACCCCCACUACUGACAACAUCUUUGACUUUAGAAGAAACUAAAUUGCAAAACUGACACUUCCCUCACCCUCUAGAAUAUUAUUGCUUGGUAUGGAGAGCCAUUGCUGUGUUAGUUCUCUGAGCAAGGUGUAGAACAGGCAAUGCUAUACACCAAAUAAAGUGCCUUUUUAUUUGAUCUUAUUUGAUCCUGCUGAUUUUCUCAUUGUUGUACAUUCCUGCUGUGUGGUGUAUAUAUAUUUUUUAAAUCUUGAUUCUAUUUUUGUUUCUAUUUUUAUCACUCUGUGAAUUGUACAAGCCACCCGGAAGGCUAGGGUGAGCCCCAUGUAAGUAAAGACAGCUCAUUUUCAAACAAAAUUCAAUCUGCCAAAUCCCAAAGAAGGGCACAUUUGAUGUACUGGUUAGAGUGACAGACCCUUGUUGAUAUUCCUCCUCAGCAAUUGGGAGUAGAACCAGGCAAUGUUUGCUUCUGUGUGGCUUCCCCAUGUGGUGAACUGCUAGAACUUCAACUGAGAACAUCUUCCUGGCAGUGAAGUAUUUCUCAUAGUCUACAUGGCCCCCCUGGACCCGCCUGGAGAGGGUAAUAAAAGGUGUGUUGUUUUUUUAAUUGUGGCAGGGCAAGUCUUCUUGACUUUGAUGUGUUUCCAUGGAUUCCUUGAAUGUGACUCACCGGUUCAGCUCCUGACCUGAAAAAUGGUUAUGGGUUCAGUCUUGACAGCCAUGAAGCUCACUGGGUGGGCCAGUCUCUCAGUCUCCCUAAUCUACUUCCUAGGGCAGUUUGUGAGGGAGGGAGGGAGCUGCUCUAACCUACCCACCCCACCCCUGCAGACUGCCAUUCGCCAACAGUGAAAAAUAUAUGGAUACUUAUCUCUGUUGCUGAUUUAGAUUGGAAAAAUGAGGAGGAGGGAAGGGGUGAAGUUUUCCUUUCUCCUAUGUACCAUUGGGGCCUAUAAAAGCAGCUAAGAGAUCUGUGGCUUACUUAUUUUUCAUCAUUUGUUAGAUUUCUUUGCAAAUUCAUUCAGCGUGAAUAUAUGUUACAGGGAAUUCAGAUUUGCCACCACAUAUUAGUUUAUAGACUGGAGAGAAGGCAAGAGUAACCAAAUUGUAGCACACACAGUACUAUAACCUUUUCUCCCUCUGUAGAUUUAAGAAAUACUUGCAUCCCAUUAAAUGUAGCAGUUCAGGUUUUUUAUAAUUGUAAAGGGAAUCGGUUUAGACGAAUGCUGUAGUUUUGAUCAUAAUAUGCCCUUUAGAAAAUGGGAGCUGAUAAAUGACUUCAGAAUGAUAUAUGAUAUCUGGUAAAGCCAUUUGAAAAGGGAACAGUGGCAAUGAAUCACACUUUUCAGCGGUGUGGUUGCAAAUAUUGAACGUAAAGCAGCACAUUUCCCCUCGCAUUCAGAAUCAGUGUCCUUUGCUGGAUUUUCCUUCCCUGUUUGUUUCAUUAUUUCAUUUUUAUUUCAAGAGAAUGGUUGUCUGUUUUCUGUAGCAGUUGUUGCUGAGCUCCAUAGCUUACUUAAACAGACUGCCAACCAAUUAUAUUUUGCUUAGAGAAAUUUAUCUGAGGUGAUUUAACACAUGUAAACUUGGAGGGGUGCACCUCAUGUGGAAAUAUAUGGGUACCAUAUUGUGGAUGGAAUUAUAAAUCAAGAAACUCUCCCCCUCUCUCUCAAAUAUGGCAGACUUUGGUCAUUUUCACUAAUGGUCUGUAUUUAAGUAUACAAGAUGGGGCUCCAAGCAGUCAGAAUAAUUUUGUCUCCUGAAAAGAAACCACUUUCUCUAGAAAACACAGAUUCCCUAGCUUGAGCUUUGACCUUUAGGCCUGGGCAGGACAGCAGUGAAGUAUAGAAGAGGAAUGUGACCCUGGGCCAGCCCCAUCUACCCAGACUACCUUUGGUUCUUUGGAUUCUGGUCACUGUUGCUCUGAGCCCUUGGGAUUGUCAGUGCAUCAAAUAAAUAAUUUUGUGUGCAGAAUCUUUGUUAUUCUUGCCAUGUAAUUGCUUCCUUUUCACAGAAUUUGUGGGUUUGGUACACAAAGACAGAGCAGCCUUUGUACUAAGGUACUCCCUGGUAUACUGGGUAUGGCUUAGCUUUUAGUGUUUUUAUUUUCUCUAAGUCUGAGCAAAAAAACCUAUUGCCAAUCUGUUGUUGGUGUUUAACAGUAAUGAUACCCUUUGAGCUAUCCUUUGAUCCAGCCUAACUUUUCAAAGAGCUCGAGUAAACAGGCAGAUGUUUUGAGUACUCAUAUUUUAGCUAUAGCUUUGCACUCCAGUAAUGUUCCUUUCUAUUAUUAUUAUUUCAUUUAAAAACAUUUGCAUUGAAAAAUAAUGCGGGAUUCGGCAGGUGACUCACUGCAGUCUGUGCUGUGCUCAUGUUUUCUUGUCGCCAACAGUGUUUGAAAUGAAGCAGUUGCAGUCCAAAUGCAAGGGGGUCUUCAGAGGAGAUUGGGGCAGACUUGUAUGUGGGUGGCGCCUUCACUUACUCUGCCAAUAAUUAAACACUUUAAUUAGAAUUUUUUAGUCAAAAACCUGGAUACCUCACAACUAAACAAACAAAAAAAAUCCUGCAAACAAAGUUUCCAUUAAUUUACAAGGCAUGUCAAUCUAUAACUAACGAUUUCCAUCAGACAGUUCUUAAUGGAAGUUAAAACUCAAUGUCAGCUAGUAGUUCCCCAUUAGAUUUGAACUGGGAUCAGUUAUAGAAUGAUGUGUUCAUUCUGGUGUUUCCUAAUUUUGGACAGGACAAACAUUAAACGCCCUCCCUCCGACCCUCCUGAUGGAAUCCAGAUUUCUGAAUGCUUAUGGGAUGGCAUCAUUAAUCCCUUAAGGAAAUGAAUUUACAGCUGGCUUCAGUUACAGACAGCAGUUUCCCUCCUCAGAAGCAUAAUUUCUUGUGAAAUAUUUGUAUUUACAUAAUACCCUAUUCAACUUGCUUACUUGUAAAUCAUGUUGUUAUAUGGGCAGUUAUAACUAUUAGCCCAUAGUUCCUAAAGGAGGAAGUCCAAUAAAAUAAAACUUUUUAUUUUGCAGCUUAUUUAGGUUGCAGUCCUGUCCACAUUUACUUGGAAGAAAGCCUCACUGAACUUGAUGGGACUUACUACUGAGCAGGCAUGCAUAAGAUCCAUCCCAUCUACAUACAUUAAAUUAUGUGAUCUCCUCCGUGUACCCCUGCCCCUCUCUAGUGGCCCCGGUCUUCUGUAUGUGGACCCAGGAGAUUAUUGGGAUUUGUAAUUAUUGAGAGUAUGUGAGUGAGUAGUGUGACUACCUUAACCAGAAAGCAUAGACUCAAAAUGUCAACAUACAGGUGUGUAUCCAAUAAAGGCAUUACAGUGGAACAUCCCCUUCCUUCCUCUCCCCGCCCCCCAAUGUAACUACUCCUGAAUUCUAAAAUCUGCUUUGUGGGGUUAGGGAAAACCCCAGGGAUGAUUGGGAGGGCACAAAGGGGAGAGAGAAAGGGAGCAGAGAAAGGAGGGUGUUCCAUUGCGGAAGCAGAAGUUGUUCCACUCAAGCAAUGACUUUGUUGCAUGCAACAACACCUUUUUUUGAUAAUGCUCACAUUCAUUUUUCCAUAGUUAAAAAUGAAAGGAAAUGCAAUAUUCAGAAAAGAUAAGAUAUAUCACGUUGGGAGAAAAAGUAGUUCUCUCCUUUCUGUAUUGUGAUGUAGCUUUCUUGGUUGCUGUUGCAUCAAAUGUUACCUGUGAUUUGUAGCUUGAAUUACAUUUAUUUCAGGUUUUCCUCCUAUCACUGUGGCUUCCCUUUUCCGAGUGUUGUUCUUCUGUUUUCAUCCAUGUUUCCUUCUUUUCCUGUGGAUAUCCAUUGAGGAAAUUACCGAAAAACAGGAAAAAGCUGUGUCUGGGAACUUGCAGGGUUGUCAAAAUGUAUUUUUAAAAAUAAUUUCCUAAAUUCAUGGUGAUCCUACCGUUUUGAGGUCAAACUCAAAUCAGGGGAAGUUGUGAUUUCCAUAUAUUUGCAAAUUAUGGAUUAGAACUCUGCAGGACAGGCACCAUUUCAGAUUUUAUUGAUGGGGGUGAGGAGAGCAAAAAACAUCCAGGGACAGGAAUAUUCUCAACAAGGAUUAAAGGCUGACUCUUGGUUGCGUUGAGCAGUAGGCUUCAAAAAGUAGUGUUUUUUAAAAGCAUGUCUUAUGGCUGAUACAUAGCGAUGUUAUUGACACCGUGAUGUGUGCAUUUGGCAUGCGCACCUGGCACAUGGAUCCAUUCCAUUGUUAUGGUAAUAGUUGCUCAGUGUAUAAAUUCAGAGAAUUGGCUAGAACUCUUGGCGCCCCUGAAGAAUAAUUUAAUGGGAUUCUGAAGGGCCUCCUCUUUUCUCUCACUCCCACUUUCAGCAGUGGAUUGUGUGAGUGGACUCCUCAAUGCUGUCAGUGCAUGAGAGACCGUUUCCUCUUCCUGCUCAAUUCCUCUUUGCAUUAGCUCACCCUCUGCUUUACUGAUUGCUCCCAUAGGUAUUCCAAUGUGACCCUGAGAUGCUGAAAGAUAUAUACUGUCACUUGCAGUGGUGUACCUAGAGGAUGGUCAAGUUGGCCCCUGCCAAGGGCCCAGGUCCAUGGGGGGCACGGAAACUGCACCUCUCUGCACUGGCUUGGAGUGACUAGAAGUUUGUCCGCCUGUUCUGUGGGCUGCUCCCCUGCUGCUCUGAGCACCUGGUGUGCUGGUUCCUCUGGGCGCCUAGACAGAAGAAUCUGGUUGCUGUUGUAGGCCGUUGCAACAGCCAUGCUGGGCAGGGGCCCCUCCCCAAUUGAUCAGUGGUGCUAUUAGAAGUGUGAGUGGAGCAUCCGGAGGGGCUUAGAGCGAAGAAAGAGAGAGAGAGAGAGAGAGAGAGAGGAGGAAAAUAGAAGGGAAGGAGAAAGGAGGCAGAAGGGAUAGCAGUGAAUAGAGGCAGAAAGGCAGGCAGACGACAGAGGAGGGGAGGCAGACCCAACCCCAAUGGCCGCAGAGGAAAUCACUGGUGGAACGCAAAAGGCGAUGAAAGCAAACUUUCUGAGUUUCUGGCCAUGGUCUCGCCUGGUUAUGGAGACACCAGUACAUCUCCUUGUCUAGGCAUUCCUCUGGUCAAGUGUCACUUACUGUGAUUCCAAAAGGUUUUUGCAACUUGCUCCCCCUCUUCUUUUGCCCUCUUCAUUCAAAAAAGAAAAGACCUAUAUCCACAUUUGUGACUUGGUCAUGCCUUCUUCGGCCACAUCUGCUUUCAUUUGUUGCCCUAACCCUGCAAAUGUUGCUCAUGGGUCAAUGUGGCAGCAAUGUAUAGUUGACUGAUUCGUUAGAGUGAUGCAUUAAAUAUUUCUGAUCAACUAAAAAAGGUGCCAUCAAUUGAGCAGUACUAUUUAAUGCAAGUACAUGUACGUACCAAUACGUGUGAGAAAAGGGAGAAUUCAUUUUCUCAGAUGAUGCCUCUUGUACUUGUGUGCAUCAUGAAAAAGUAUGCAUUUUUCUUUGUUUAGAACAGUUGUAAAAAAUUGUGUUUGACAGAUUAAUAGUAUGAUAUAAUGGUUAGAGCAGGGACCGGGAACCUGGGCUCUCCAGGUGUUGCUAGAGUACAGCGGUCAUAAUCACUUACCAUUGGCCAUGCUGGCUGAUGGGAGCUCAACUCCAACUACAAAUGGAGGGCCACAGGUUCCCCAUUGCUGAGUUAGACAUGGUCUGGGGAGAUCCAAGUUUGAGUCUCCACUCAGUCAUGAGCAUCUCUCAGCCGAAGCUUCGGGGCUGUUCUGAUGGUAAAGUGGAAGGAGAAGAACCAUGUGUACUGCCCUAAGUUCACUGGAGGAAAGGCAGAAUAUAAAUGUUACAAUGAAAUAAUCAAGUUGUUAUCUGUUUAAUCUGAUGACUACCUUAGUGAUAUUGCCUAUAGUUCUGUAGCCGAUUUCCUUGGCCUAUUCUAUGCUGGGCUGUAUUAUGUUACAGGGGCCAAACAUAGUAAUUACAGAUAAGCAAGAUAUACCUUGGCUUAGAUAAUGUUUACUUUUUGGUUAAAAGACACAUAAUUGAGAGCAAGUGGGCUGGUUGGCAGACAUGUCUCCUCAGCUCCUGACCUUUGUGAACAUGACAAAUGUUUAAAAAUCACAUGUGAUUUCAGUACAGCUCAGCCUACUUAAUGGCUCUAGCCUGAAAUGAAUUCUUAUACGAAAUCUCUUGACUGUGUGACAGUGGCUAUUCACAAGGAAUGCUAACCCUUAUGAAUAAUAUUAUAGGGCCACUGUUGUUGGAGAGAACAGACCAGGCUAUUUUCAUGUUUUCAAAACUGAUACAAUGGGGCAAAAUUUCACAAACAGUAGCUAAUGAUGCACUGAAUGAAUUGAAAUGAAUGAGUUUAAACGAAUUUGAACAAAUCCUAUACCUAAAUUUUUCAACUAGAUUUAAUUUAUUCUGCCUGUCCAAUAUAUUUAAAGUGCCAGUAAAAUUGGAAGUACUUUGAGUGUACUCACUCCCCAUUAUAACUGAAUUCUCUCCCACCCCCACCCCCUUUAGUUUAGUCUCUAGUUCUGCUUCCGACUUCUCUGUUUCCAAACUCUGGAGCAGCAGCAGCAACAACAACAACAAAAACCUAAAUAAACAAACAAAAUCCUGGGACAAGAUAUUGCUACAUAAUUUACCAUCUGUUUCUGGUUUCUGACAGUCUGCUAGGCUCCACAGAAUCUGGAUGAAAUGUACUCCUGAAAGGAUUUGUAUUUUAGCUGGAGAUGAGGAUUUUUCAAAACCAAGUUGAAAGCAGUCAGCAUAAGCACCCUUCCAACACAGCCCGAUCUUUCAUCUUUUUUUGAGCACUAACUCACCUAUCCCCAGUUAGAUCAUACCAAAAUACAUUAGACCAAUGAAAUAGAGGCCAUUAAUUUAAUUAUUUAUUAAGGAAUUUCUACAUUGCUUUGGCCAAAAAUUGGCCAAGACUUGCCCUGAAAAAUAACAAAUGGCUCCAGGUAGGUUUCAUCACCACUACAUGGUCUGUAAGGUACAUGUUUCUAAUUUGGUUCCAUCCUUGACAGAUAAUGAAAUAUAAGAAGACUCCAUUUAAUAAUGAAGCAAAGCCAGAUGGGUGGGAGAAAAAUGAACGUGAAAGCAAUAGUAAGCUUUAUUUACAAACCCGUUCAUUAAUUGCUUAGAUCAGUUGUCUCUCUUGUCUAAGUAGAAUUUCAGACCCAAACCCCAUUCUUAUGGGUAUUCUAUUAGAAGAAGCAAGGGAGAGAAUGUCAGUGGUUUGUUACUUCCUCAUGCAAGACCACAGCAGCCAUUUUGUGGCAUAGCUAAGGCAUAAUCACUUAAAGAUUUAUAAGCAGUACUUAAGUAUGCCAGUCUCCAAGAGUAGUCCUCUGGAGGAAUAUAGACUGAACCCUGGGUUUAGACAGAAGUAUAUGUGUAUCUAUUAGGCACUGAAACACUUCCCCAGAUUUUUCUUACUCACCAGUUUGUGUAGUAGUGCAUUAGCUGUAAUAGGAGAACUCAAUGAACUGUAACACGUACCUUAAUCGAAGUAAAGGCUUCGGCAAUAAAUUGUACGCAAUGCAUUAAUUAGCAAAAUGGAAUGGAAUUAUUUUGAAGGCAUUGGAACAAAAAUCCUGGCUUCCCUGUUAUUAUUAAUUGUUGUCUGAAUGAUAUGCUUAGCAGCAGACACAUUGGCUGAGCCAGGCAAGUGCUAUUUGGAGAGAGGAUGCUCGAUUUUAAAUAUUAGCUUUAGAUUGUGGUUUCUAAGAAGAAUGUGCUCAUGAAUAGUUGUGUUGAGAUUAGAGAGAGCUAAUUUGUAUACGGCUGCACUAUAUGGUGACAAAUUUCUCAGGCCCCUCGCAAUGAUGAGAUACUUCUCCUGUUCCUAAAUUUUUAUUUUAUUUAGACCCAUUUAUCAGGAUAUUUAAAAACCUCUGAAGCAAUUUAUCACAAUGUAAUCAAAGUAAUAUCAGAGUGACGCCUAGAGGAGAAUGAAAUAAUACCAUGCUCUUCUGUAAAAUGCUACAUAACACAAAAAAUGGCAGACUUCUCAGACUUCUAAGGAAAUAAGGAUAGGAUCCAGCUGAAUAGCUUUAAACUUUGCUAGCUGCUAAUUUGUUAGGUUCCCUCUCCCCAGGCAGUUUUGGAAACUGGCCCUUGAGACAGUCAGAAAGCUGCUUCUCUUUCCCUGGGUCUAAACAGCUUUUCAAGCAGGGGAAAAAUGAAUUGGCUUAAGUGCCAAAUAGCCAGGUGUCAGGGACGAGGGAGGGAUUAACCAGAAAGUCAGUUUCAAUCAACCUUGGAUCCAGUCAAGCAUGGGUGGUGUUACAGAAGCAAUGGGUGGGGAGAGGAAUGGAGCCUCCUAAAUUUAUGAAAACCCCGUGGGGUUCUAAAAGCAGGAGUUACCAUGAAAUAGACAAGAGCCCCUUUCAGUAUUAGCACCUGUGUUUCAUUGUAGCACAGAUGUCUGUAAGGAGGAGGUCUUUGCCCAUAUAGCUGUAUGCUCAAAAGGUUUCCACAGAAUCUGGCACAUCCCAUUGUUCAGUGUAUGUCAGGGGACAAGCAGAACAUCAUUAUAGUGCUUGGUACAGGGAGUAGCGGCAGCAGCAACAGCAGCAGCAACAACAACAACGCAACAUGGGAGUUAGCAGCAUCUGAAGGGGGCUCUUGUUGUUUCAUCUAUGUAAGAGUUGCUUUGUUUUAUUGUAUUUAUUUCCUUUGUAUCCUACACUUUUCUCCAAGGAGCCUAAGGAGCCAUAUGUGGUUCUUCCCUUCCUCGUUCAAUCCCCACAACAAGCCUGUGAGGUAGGUUAGGCUGGGAGGCAGUGACUGGUCCAAGGUCACCCAGUGAGCUUCAUGGUCCAGUAGGGAUUUGAACCCUGAUCUCCCAGGUCCUUGUCUGAAACUCUAACCACUACACCACACACAGUAGGAUUGAAUAAUGGAAUAUUCUAUGCAAUUUAUGUGCCAACAAGCCCCACUCAACACAGUGGGAAUUACUUCUGAGUAAAUGAGCAGAGGAUGUUAGCUUUGCAAGGCAUUAUAAUGUAUGUGUGAGAAUCAUAUAGUGCUCUAGAGAUCUGCGCAGGUUAUAUAACAAAUGAAGAAAGCUGAAGUCAAUACGGUCAUUUUUGUCAGAGAAUAAUGCUUUCAAAGAGCAGGAAGUAUGCCUCAGAGUAUUAUUACUAUAGAAGGCAAUAUAAUUCCAGCAGGUCUAGUCAGUUUAAAUAAAUCCAUUAGGCUCAAGUGCUCUGCAUUUAAUUUGCUGCGGAAAAGCACUAUUUAGCUCUAUUUUAAGAUGCUGUAUAGAAAGGCUGAAAAUUUAAAAUGUUUUUAUUUCUAGAGGAAAUGCUAGUCAGUCCACCAUCUAUCUGCUUGUCUGCCUCUCACUUACUCACUCACUCACUCACUCACUCACUCACAAAAAGGACCUAAGGCAGACUUCCCCAACCUAAUGCCCUCCUGAUUUUUUGGACUACACAUCCCAUCAACUGAGUCAAUGUGGCCAAUGCUGGCCAGAGCUGAUGGGAAUUCAGUUUGAUGCACCUGGAGGAAACCAAGUUGGGGAAGGCUGACCUAAGGAAAUCACAGCAACGCAAGAACAUUGUGAUGUUGACAGGAUGAAGCCUUGAAUAAUGUUUACACCAGUUGUGGUUGGUUUGCAGAAGAUAAAUUAUUUCACCUUCUGCUGGAGAGAUGGUCUUAGAGAAGGGAGAUCCUGGUAGACACAAGCACCCCUCAAGCUUCAUUAGGAAACCAAUUUACCAACUAUUUUGAAGUGAUAGUAUUAAGCAAGUAAUUGCUUAGUUGAGCAGUUUUCCAUUAGAGAAGAACUGCUAAACCAAUAUCCUCAGAUUUAAUGACUGGAGGAAAACUAUCAUUGGAUUGCGACAUUAUUUAAAUUUAAUUCACAUCACCUACUGGCUUUGGCUGGAUCAGACCAAAGGUCCAGCUAGUUCACCUUUCUGUCUCCAACAGCCAAAUGCUUUAAGAGGUCACAAGCAGAGCAUGUUGGAAAAACUGAGCCUCUUUAUUCAGAGGUUGCAACUCAAAUUACAAGAUCCUGGAGGCAAACAAGCCAGGACAGUGGUAUAGUGGACAGGGAAUACUGGGAACGCAACUCUGGUACUUCUUUCACAACAAAAACAAUGAUGUCAUCUGCUGAAGUGGUGUUUGGCCACACCCACACCAUAAAUUUAAUGCACAUUUAAGUAUUGGGAACUGCAGUCUGUUAAGCAUGCUGGGAAUUGUAGCCCUGUGAGGGUAAAUUAUAGUUCCUAGGAAUCUCUGGGGAAGCCGCAUGCUUUAAAUGUAUUAUAUGGAUGUGACCAUUCUCGGUGUAGGAAACUUGGGCAAUUAGAGGACAGGCCUGACUUGGCACAUAGUCCCUUUUUUAGCUCGCCUAGGCUCAGUUAAUGAUUGAGCCAAAGGCUGUUCAGGGAUCUGAUCAUAGCUGACCAGGGAUCUGAAGUCAUGUCUUCAUAAACAAACAAAGUCCAGCAGUCUAACCAUUACACCACCCUUUGCCAGUUCACUCUAUGGGAUAGAUGGAUGGAUGGAUGGAUGGAUGGAUAGAUAGACAGACAGACAGACAGACACACAGACACAGCUGCCUGCAACCCUUUGGGACAUUGUUAUGGAAUUCCUGGGCUAUGAGGACCCCCAUGAUAUCAGCUUCUGCGUUGCAACAUUUCCCACAACACCACUGCCCAGCCACUGAUAGUCCUGUCCUCUUUAAACACAUAAGCAUAUAUAGAAAUGUACUUUUUACCCAGUUGGGCUAGCAAGCCAAACUAAUCUCAGUUUUUACGCUAGUAGCAGCUGCCUCAAGUUGCAGCUAAACGUUUCACUGAUAGUGGAAUAGCCUUAAUUAAAAGCCAAUUAGUCAUGGACAUUACUUUGAGGUCCAACAAUAUGCAGUCUUCCCUGCUUCUAGAUAUUCCCUCUUUCAUGCUUCUCAUUAUCUUCAACACAAAAGCCUUAAAAUGAAUGUGGUCUAUUUGGCUGUCUCUAUGGAAACCUUGCUAUACUGCAUGGUACACACGCACUUCCCAGAGCCAACCUCUCCUAUGAUCUUUGCUCCGCACAGACGUGCUGCUUAUUCACUCUUCUUCGACGUUUAUGAGAUGUUUUAUGAAUGCUAAUGAAAAAGAGCCAAGCCCAGAUUUUUUUUGGGGGGGGGGGAGGGAAAUGACAGAGGUUCGAUGAGAUUUAUAGUGCUUGCCUUAGACAUUUUUACAUCUAAAGCAAAAAAAGCUAAAGCUGUUCAGUAAGAACACACACACACACACACACACACACACUUGUGGAAUGAGAAUUUGUAUGCAAAAAACAGACAGCCCUUUUUGAAAUUUACCACCUAGAUUGUGGUUUCCCCUCACUUUGUGGUGAAGCAGGUCUUGGAAAUUUGCAAUGGUACAGAUAUUCAGGUCUAUGCUUGACCUAGCAUCUGAAAGUCUCUGUUUUGGGAAGGGGAAAGAUCAUGUAUUUGGCAACCCAGCCAGAUGGGUGGGGUAUAAAUAUAUUAUUAUUAUUAUUAUUAUUAUUAUUAUUAGCUAUCCAGCUUCUGCAAGAUAUUGAAUUUAAUGCUGCAGAAUAUAAUAGGCAGAAACAACAAAACCAGUAAAAUAAGGGCUCCUUGGUGCAUGUGCUCUAAUAGAGAGAGGGAAAGAAUGAGAGUUAGCUAGCUAAAGCAAAUAAGGCACUGUGGGUAAGUGAAAAAAAGUAAAUAUCUAAGUAAAUGCAUCCAAAACCUCGUUUUUCCCUAGAGCAGGAUUGUAACUGGGAGAGGGGGCUUAGAGGUCUAGGUCUCUUAGGGGUAUUCCAGGGCCUUGUCUAGAAUUGUCUAGAAUUUUCAGCUUUCUAUAAGGGUGGCGGAGAGUGGUUCUAGCCUUUUCACUUAUUGUGGCAUCAGAAAAAAGCAUGUAGGCAAUAUCCACCCACAUCUGGUUGGGUACCCAUUGGGAAUGGCAGGACAGAAAUCAGGAAGGACAACAGUAAUUGGAAUCAUGACAGAUGGAGCCAGUGAAUUCUAGUUUUGUCCCCAUCCUCCCAGCUGAGUUCUACAAGGGCAAAACUGAGACUGAGGAGCUAGGAGGAAGCUGCCAGCCAGAGCGACUGCCUGGACAUAGUUGUAAGUAAUAAGGCAAGCAAGGUGGGAGGCUGGCUGAUGGCCAAGUUAGAUUGGUGGGACGAUGCCCCACUUGCCCUAAUGAACCAACCUCUGCUGCCCUCAUGAAUACUGACAUUUGGACCUUCUCUUUGUAGCUAGUCUGGACAUCAUUUAACUCUUCAAGGUGAACAUAACUCAACAGCCAUGUAUGGCAGCUAGACUUUAGGAGCUUGGAAAGUCCUGUUUUUGCUGUCACCCUGUGACUGCAAAAACAAGUGAGUUGCCAAGCACCUGGAAGGAUGCAGUACUAUCUCCAGACUUAGAUGAUGUCAGAAGAAGGUGCCUUCUCCAUCCCAAGGUCUUCUGAACAAGGCGAUAAUUGUUCACACUGAAUCACUUCAUACUGUCUGAUACAAGCUCACAAUAUUUUUAUUAUUUCAAAAUAUAUUUCAUUGAUUAUUCAAAAUAACAUGGAAUAAAACUUUAGGAAAAUAUUCAGCUUUUGUAAAUAAAUAAAUAAAUAAAUAAAUAAAUAAAUAGGGACUCCACCACCCAAUGGCAGUCAGUACGGUCAAAUCCUAAAAAGGUUAACUACAUAUGGUGAGAAGGGUUAUAUUUCAUUACGACAUUGAAUGCAUGGAUAGCGUUCAACUCAAUUAUAGCCAGGAUCCCCAGUGUGAGAAACCAGAAUGAGCAGCAGGAACCAUUAAACUGUGAAAUGUUCAAAUACAUCUGUUAAAAAAGAUUUUCACUCUGGCAUAUGAUGCUCAGUGUUAAACUUUAAUUUGUGGGUUUUUCUUUGCAUGCCCAAACAGUGUUUAUAAACUCAUUUUUGUUCCAGCUUUGAAAAUUCCAGAUGAAAUACAAAUGUAUGGUACUACCUUCACUCCAUAAUAACCGUACUAUUUUGUUUAUUUUGCAUUGCAGGGGCAGAGUUAGUUGUUGUUAGUGUUUUCUGUAGGGGUCUCUUUUUGAUGCACUUCUAAUUCUGCUGGACCGUACAAUUGCUGAAGAACAUCACACAUGUGACAUUGACACACACACCCCAAUUGCCUUCGCAGGCUGGCGCCUCCGGGUCCAAGAGUCUGUGACACGGCCCUGACUAGCAAAUUGUGGCUUUCCCAUAGUGUCCGAACUGGGCCACUACUAACAUGAACUGCACAAGCUGCUGUCAGCAUAUACAGAGCAAACAGUUCCAACAUCUGCCAGUGCAAGCAUAUCCUUAGUGAAGCUGCUUGGGUGUUAUGGAGCAUCCUGCCAUGCAAAGUGUUUAUUUGGCUUUCUCUUCGUUUGGCUUAUUUUGUCUGUUUCCCUUUGUGGUUUUUUUCAGGUUGGAAGUCCUGAAGCACCAGCUUCCUUCGCAAGGCAGCUCAGACCAGAAGACAGCAGUGGCUGGUGGCCAAUAUGCCUCAUCAGUUGCACAGCGAGAUAGAAGUUCACCCACUGGAGGUGCAGGGAUGUCAGAGAAUGGUAUGGAAACUCGGUGUGCAUGUGGUACAAUGGCCACCAGCUUGGAUGGCUUUAAAAUAGGUUUAGACAAAUUCAUGGAGAAGGCUAUCCAUGGACCAGCCAUGCUCUGCCUCCAUGAUCAGAGCCACUAAUGUUUCUGAAUACCAGUUGCUGGAAACAUCAGUAAGGGAAAGGGCUCUUGUGCUUGGAUCCUUCUUGCAGGUUUCCUACAGGCAUCUAGUUGGCCACUGCGAGAACAGGAUGCUCAUCUAGAUGGGCCAUUGUCCUGACCCUGCAAGCUCUUUUUAUCUUCUUAAAGGAGUGCACCAUUUAGACUGAGCCAUCUUUUUGAGCGGCCCUUUUGUGAGGGGACCAUUUUGUGUGGUGAUCUUCUGUAUUAGCUCACGAGGAGGCAGCCAUCCCAAGGAGCAACAUAACGUUCCCUCCCAAAAAGAUGGCAGUUUCAUUUGCACCGUCUUUCUUGGGCUGGAUAGAAUUCUCUUUUCACCAGAACAUGCUGGGGCAAUUUAAUUCUAGUGGGUUUCUUCUGGCUUGCGAGCAUGAUGUGCUGCUGCUUGCUUUCAGAUACUGGCCAUGAACUUCAGGCACUGUCUGCUUCAAGAAAGCAUUUUUGCAGUCCUUUUCCGAAUGGAAAACGCAUUUAGCACAUUAUUCAUCAACCACAUUCAUAAAGAGAGUGCUCUGUGUUUGUGAGUCUUUGCCUGUUAUCUGACAGGCGAUACAGAGUUCUUACUCAUGUAUGCAGGUUCACCAGAACUGCCUCAUUAAUAUUUUUCCAAAGCAGUGCUAGAGAGAAAAAAACACUUGCAGUAUUCCACCGCCACCCCUUUUCCAAUUUGUUCCCCAUUCCUCCUUUGAAAUGCAUUGGAGGGUUUCAUGUGAGUUUAUGCCACUGCAGCAAAGUGCCCAUGGCGCUAGAGCUCCUAAAGGCUCCCCGGGACGAUCUCAUGUCACAGUGCCUCACUUUGAAGAAGGACCCUAGGUCAUUUUCUCAGAGAGUCAUUUGUCAUCAGCACUUCACUGUGGUGGCUUAUGCUGUUUAAAGUUUAAAAAUUACUUGGAAAACUUUUAAACAGUUGGCAGCAACCAUUCUAGUCAGCAACAGACUGCUCCAUGGCCAGCAGGCAUAUCCUAUCCCAGCUGUCUCUGCUGAGCACAGGACAGGCCGCUGACGGCAGGACAGGGGGAGCAGAUUGGCUGGUGGAAGCAGCAGAUGGAUGCCAACCAGUAACAGGCAGCCCUGUGACCAGCUGACAGCCGUGUGUGUGUGUGUGUUUUGUGAGGAAGGGCGAUGUUACCAUCCACCACCCUUCCCAAUCCACUAAGAGGAUAUCCUGAAUCAGAUCAUAGUUCACCACUUUCUGGGAAAGCUAGAAGAGUCUAAGCUGAGUCCCAUUUCUCUAUGUUAAAGCACUGCUUUAACAGCUAUUGGCAGCCCCUUCAGUAGCUGAACACAUUCGUGCAGAAGUGAGGAGUAUCUCCUUGAGUAGUAGGUGGCAGACAGGAUGAAGCACAGAGGGCAAGACUGUUAAUAGGGCAAGACUGGAGCAUGAUGAGAAAUGUGUAUGUUAUAAAACGGAUUACAUGUGCUCAGUUUUAUAUGGGAAUCCCAGACAGGCUGAAAUCUCAAGUUGAUACAGCUCAGUGAGUGGGAUUUUACUUCUUUUCCUGUCUUUGUUCCCCCAUUGCUAACUUAAGUUUAGUAAUCUCACUGCCAGCAACAAGAGCAACAUUUGAGGAACUUCCAGACAGUGUAUUUACCUUUUUCAAUAGUUAUGAUUCAAGCUGGUGUUUGGGUUUUAAAAAAAGUGAAGCCCUGUGCAGGAAUAAAUGACAGCAACAACACUAUCAUCCAUUACCUGCCUCAGUUCUUUCUACUGAAUGUAAACCUUGGUAGGGAACCAUUUCAGGAACCACAGCAGAUCUAGCAUGCCUUGCCUUGUUCCCAAUAAAAGGGAAUUGCUUCAGUGACACUCAGUGACAAUUACAUUGAAGCCAUUUCCUUUUGCUGGCAGCAAACCUGUGUAAAUUAGGGGUUGUACACUCGUUGCAUGUGAAUAACCGUACAGACAUACAGCUUAACGACUUGUGUACAUGGGAACACAGAUUGUACACUCUUUGAAUGUAAAAUGGCAACACCCUUCUAGCUAUUUGCAUAAGAAGAAUCUUCAGACUGUGCUUCUGGCUGAGAUGAUGUAGCCUAAAACUAAGCUUAAAGUUUGGUGUGCUUUGACUAGCUCCAGAGCACAGACAUGAAAGUAAGGAAACUUUCCCCAGUCUUGCGGGAUGAACUACAUUUUACCACAGUUCAAAUCCCACAGUGCUUGCCUCUUUUGGUAUUCCCUUUAGCUGCUGUUAAUUCUUGCAGUCAGACAGAAGCAGUGUCAGUCAGCUUAAGAACUAAUCCGGAGUGACAAGGUACUGUAUCUGAAGGAGAGGCUUGAAAUCUAAACGUUCAGCUUCAAGGUCAUGCCAUGUCAAACGAAGUGAAAAGCGUCGGCAUAAACAACUGUUUGGUAAAUGGAAGACUUGCAAAUGAGAAAUAAUAAUACUGGAUCAUGUCUUUUAGCGUACUGUGGGCUAAUGCGGUCAGCAGUUUGCAGAACAAACCCAUGCAGAAAAGAUAUUUCCAUUCUUGGGCAGGGGUGAGGGACAAGAAUGAUUGUUUAGCUGUGCAGGCAGGAAGGCUGCUUAUAAGUUCAUGCCUCCUGCGUGUUUGUAAAUAGCUAAUCUGGGUGUCUACUGUACCCCAGCGACUCCUAAAACAAAAAUGUAAUCUUGGAGGUCAGCCUCAUCAUUGGCUUGUGGGUCAAUCUUCUCUGCUUGAUCCGCCAUUGACCAUUCUUCUUUGAACUCUUAUUACCAAGAAAUGUAGACUGCUGCCUGGAGCAUUUUAAACUGAUCUAUCGCCAGGGUGAGCUGGCAGAUGAUGGGGAUGGGGCAGCAAGGUACUGGGAGGACAGAGUCGUGAAUGCCACGUAGUCUGCCCUGCUCUGCCCUUCCCAACCUUGCCUACUGCCCUCUGGUGCAAUGGAAGAUGCUGCAAGUACUGAAAUAAGAUUAAACUGCAAGUCUGGUUGGCAGCUGUACAUGGAACUGGGGUGGGAGCAGGGGAGAGCUUGCCCUUUGCCUCAGGCAGCAAAAUGUCUUGAGCCAGCCCUGUCUAUCACAGCUAGAAGAGCAGUGAGGAUUUGUGUAGUACCAAAAAAGAGAGGAUUUAUGAGGGAAAGGGAGAUGUGUGGGGGAAAUUUGCAUCCAUAGCAAUAAGGAUGCAGGCUUGUAGUACAGUAUUCUCACUCUGCUCUUUUCUGUUGUUAUCCUGCAGCCCUGCAGUCAGUUGUUUUGUUAAACUCCUGCUACCAUGUUUCUGUGUUUGCUAUUAAUGAAGAGUUGGGAGUUACAUUGAAAUGGAAGGCUGUAUUUCUUCAGAAUGACACUCCUCCCCCCCCCCCGCUUUUUGCUAUGUCACUUCCUGGCAGAGGGCAUGUUCCGUGAAAUGAUGUCUUUCCCCUGUGCCACCGACUUUCUCCUCCUGUCUGAGUUUCUGACUCUCUCACCUAGUUUCGCACACUUAGCCUGUGUGUGUGUGUGUGUGUGUGUGUGUGUGUGUGUGUGUGUGUUGUUGUUGCAGUAGAAGAGGAGGAAAGUUUACAUGACACAAUAACUUCUUUUCUGCUAAACUGGUCAAACUGUAUUGGCUUCUUGUUCAUUUGUUUGUUUUACAACAGUGCCCUCUCCUGGGCAGCAUGAAAAUUGUUCAGCAUGUCUCAUCGCUGGCAGCAAAAUAUGCAUAGGAAGAUAUAAGAAGUCACCCCCUUCCCCCCCCCCACCUUCCACUACCACUCUAUGCUGCUUUCUCCGUCAACCCAGCCUGCUGCCAUCUCUUUUAAAUGCCUGUCAAACAAUUGGUACAAAACAACAAGCAUGUGACAUGAUCCAAGAGGCUUAAUUUCAAAAUAUCAUAGCUGAACAUCUCUCACUGCCCACAACACUAGUCAUUUAUUUAUUGCAUUUGUAGCCUAAACCUUUCACCAGGAGGCCUUAUGGCAGCAUCUGCUAUAAAAGGCAGUGAAAUUGCAAGAACUGUACAAAACAGCAAAAUGAGAAUGGCCAAUAAAACAACAGGACCAGAGAGUGAAAACUAGAUAAAAGCAGUAAAUAAAGCUGUUAAACUGGGUCAUAGAUAUCACUUAAAGCAACAAAAGAACUAGGUGGAAUUUGGCCCCUCAAAGUUAGCAAAGGCAAUGCCAGGCCAACAUAUUUAGGGAAGGAGACAAUUUUGUCACUGCCACACACAAAAAAGACUCUCCUCCAGCUGGUCAACUAACCUCUGAAGUCAGGAACACCCAGAGAAGGGGCUCUGAUAUGGUCUUUAUUAUGCUUGGAGUGAGACCUUACUGUUGUCAAUUGACAUUGUCCAUCUGCUGUUGUCAACCCAGCCCUUGCAGACACAGUUCUACUUUAGAUUCUCAUUAUUUCAUUGGGUUCCUAACACUUUGCCUUUCCAUUUGGGAGCCUUAUAUUCUCUGUGGUUUCAGUCUCUUUCUGCAGAUGGAUCAAACUAGCACAUUUUUGAACCUGAAAUGUAGAAAGAUGCCACGAAUAUACAUGCACAUCAAAUUCCACAGCUCUGUCUUAAUGUUAAAGAGAGGCAUCAAGUGUCAAACCGGCAUAGAAAGAAAAAGGGAAAAACACCAAACAGGCUCGUUAAAGCAGAAGCCCCGUCUUGCUCAGCCAAGUACUGAGCAGCGGCAAUGCAGGUGACGGCUGAUGGAACUCAUUCUUUUAGCAUAUGUGGCAGAGAUUCAUCUCUCGAGAAGAAGGCUGUUUGUAUUUCCCUAGCGACACGUACUGUGAUUAGCGGAAAAACCUAGCACUCCAGUUUGCAAAACAGCUACUUGUGAUGAAUGUGUGAGUAAUGGCCAGCAGCAUUCUUCCAACUCCAGUCUGUAAGGAAAUACAUGUCUAUAAAGCAGGCAAUUAUCUUAAUCCCUCAGCCUAUUUCUUUCUCCCUUGUGAAUACACCCACAUAGCCGGAAUUGGAGUGACGCUACCUAAAAGCUGCAAGCCUCUCCUCCUUUGCGAGCUUCUGUAACUUGACAGCAUUGCAAAAAUACGGUCCUUCCUCUGUGUCCCCACUGCGGAAGCUCUGCUUCACACCCUGCUCAGCACUUGCUGGCCCCCCUGCUGCACUGACUUUUCUGCCUGCUCUUCUAUUGCCUCACCUUAAUCCUCUUACCUCUGUUCAGCAUUCUGCUGCUACAGAGCAUAGGAAGCUUCAUUGUACUGAGUCAAAGCCAUCGGUCCGUUUGUUGCACAUUGUCUACCUUGACUGGCAGCAACACUCUAAGGUUUCAAACAGUAGCAUUUCCCAGGCCCUAUUGAGAGAUUCAGGGAUUGAAUCUGGGACAUUCUGCAUGCAUGCAAAGCAGACACUGUACCACUGAGCUUCCAACAUAAUUCCCUUCUCUCAUCACUCUGACUAUAUCACUUCAUAAACCCCUACGCCAGCUCCUUAUCCACUACCAGAUCCUGCACAAGCUUCUUGUUCUUAUCUUUAAAAUUCUCCAUGGCCUUGCCCCACUCCUUAUUGUUAUUUUAUCUGUUUGUUCUUAUAUUCUGACUUUCGUUGCAUUUAGAGGGCACUUCCGGACAUUUCAUUUCCUAAUCAUUUUUGUGCUUUACAUAGCCUUUCACAUACUGCAAAAGCAACCUUUGGAAAUCUAGUGGAAGUUUAGUGCUCGUUUUUGUGUCAAUUCAUGUGCUUUUUGGGAGGGCUAGUUUUACAGUAUGUUUCGGAUCUGGGGGAAAGGUUGGUUUAUAUGAAAAAAUGAGAAAUAUGUAUAUAUGAGAGCAUGGGGACAGGAUGUGAUGGCCGUGGGCAGGGCCAAGUACUAGGAUUUGGUCCUAUACUGGAACAGGGCUGAGCAGGGAUCCAUUCACAACCAGGAAGCGUUCUCAGACUCUUUUUGGCUUGCCACUAGUAGACUCUGAUGCAGAAGCUGACAUAGUAUUUCACUUCCUCCUGAGCAAACUCCACUGUAAUGAAUGGGAAUGGUACUUUAGUGUGCCUUCCAUUCAUUUGCAAAGGGCUUAGAGGCAGUUUCAGACAUAUUGAGCCAACUGUUCUUAAUUAAGAAAGUGACAGGAGCUUGGGGAGUAUUUUUUUUUUUUUUAAUGUAACAGAGUCAUCAUUUUGGCUAAGUCUUCCCAAGGGGAAGUUCUCUUCUAUCUAGUAAUGAAACUUUUAGCAUUUCUGCCAAUUAUUCAUUUAAGAUUACCCACUUGAUCUUGCUUAAAUUGAAUCUCAUUUGAAACUACUGUUUGAAGAAGGCGUUACGGUGAGUGCCGCUAGAUUUUAGGAGGAGGUUGUUCUUUGUUUCCAGGGGAAGAACAAAUGUUUCGUUCUGUGGAAGGCCAGGCUGCUUCUGAUGAAGAAGAGGAGAAAUGGUCAGGGGAACAGCAAUCCCAGGUGGCUGAAGUGAAGAAACUCCUCGCUAGACUUCCCUGUUGCAGUAGCGGGUAUGUCCCAACGAGAGCUUUUGUAGGACACUUCUUCAUUGUCCAAGAAAGCUACUGGGGGCAAUUAAUGAUGUAUCGCAGGUACAGUUGCAUUUGAAGCAGAACAUGCAAUAUGGUUGUAUCAAAUCAAAAGGGUGGUAGUACACUGAGUACAUCAGUGAUUAUCCCCUGUAGUUGUAGAACAUAUGUUAAUUAAAUCCAUCCGAUUCAAGUAGAUGUUAGGGAUGAGAACUGAGCUUCCCACACUGCUUUCCCUGGCAUCUACAAAUUUCAGAUGGUAAAUGAAAUUAAUCUGGUUCUACGCCAGAGAGUAAUGCCAAGCCCUAUAAUAUUAGACAGCAUAGCAGCGCGUUCGGGGAGAACUGUGCAUGCAAGCCAAGGUGUCUCUGCAGCUACCACUGUAGUCACUCACGCAACUCGACAGGCAAGCUGACCUUAAACACGAAAACCAGCUUGCCUGUGAAACCGUGUGAGCUGCUGCUGCAGAGAAACUUCAAAGAUAUCUCCAGCUGCAUGCCCCAUGCCCCAUUGUCUAAUCACAUAACUUUCUGGGAUUGCAACCACAAUUGCAUUCCACAAUUUGGUGAAGAAAUUCUUUUAAAUACAAACAAUUUCUUAUUAGUUCUAAAUGCCACAUUUCAUUAGCAGAAUUCUUUCUCAUGGCCUAUUUUUCAUGAUUUCAAAUGGUGGAGAUUUCACAAGUAAUAUUAUUAUUAUUAUUAUUAUUAUUAUUAUUAUUAUUAUUAUUUAUUAAAUUUGUUAGUUGCUUUAUCUUGACCAGGGCAACCCAAAGGCAUGCUUUCAUUUCUUGCCUAUGCAGUUGAAUCCUGUUUUGUUUCAGAAAGGGAUUUUGUUCCCAUGGGUGCACAGUUCAAAUAUUUUAUGCUGUGCAACGAAGGGUAUUCAUUUCUAACUUUAUGAAGCUACAGUAGAGAAACACACAGUCACUGGAGUCUUUCUGCCCACAGGUGUGAUGACACAAUUCUGAAGAAGCUGAUGGCCUCCUUUGGGAACAUCAGAAAGGACGACCGUGAGAACACCAUUGUGGAACUAGUUAAGCGACUCUCAAAGUUAACGGAACAGCUUGAGAUGAAAGGGCAAGAAGUGAAAACACUGGGAACAAAUAUGGAAGAGGUAGAUGUGUGUGUAUUAUACCUUUUGGUGGGGGGGGGGGCAAAUGCAGUGUGUCGCUGCAGACUGGCUGGGAUCCAAUAGAGUGCACAAAUAUUGCUGAUCUCCUUGUUUUGUCUCUGAUCACAGCUUCUGUCAGAAGUGACCUCCAAAAACCCUUCACAUUUCAGGAGUUUUUUGUCAGGAAAGGGGUUUCAGCUGGAGGUGCUCAGAAGCUCUGCCCUGCAUGUUCACUUUUUGCAUAGUAUCGGGAGCAGCUGGCAGAAAGCGCCACCAGGGCCACACCUGGCUUCCCAAGUACUAUUGUGGCUUAUCAGGAGGGGGGAGGUGGCGGGGAGUUCGGUGAACUGGUGGAGCCAAUGCAGCACUUCUCCCAGUGCAUCUGCAUUGUGCCAAUCUCCCAGCCACCCCUUCCAUCACCUCUCGCCUUUGCCCCCUAGUAAACCACAGCGAUGCCAGUGGUAGGAGGAUAGGUGCAUGCCACUCUCUCUGCUGGCCUCUGGAUCACAGCCAAUGCUAAUCUCUAUUUCUGUCUAUGUCUUUCUCAACAAAACUCUGAAACGCGUAGGGCACUAUCUAGUGAAUUAGAUCAGCCAGCUCAAGGACAGAACUUGCCCUCCCUCUCUUCUCCGAGAGAAAUUUUCUCUGCACACACACCCUCCCAAAUCUGUUUCCCCAACUCUUUUGGAAUAGAUUUGGGGAGGGCACAGGGUGUGGAGGGGAGAGAAGAGGGAGGGGAACGUCCAUUGCACAAGCAGAAAUCUUUGCACUAGUGUAACUGUCUUGCUGGAUAUCACCCACGUUCUCUUACGACAUCCUCCAUAGCUUGCUGGCAGAGAGCUGUUGCGUGACACUGUCCUGCCACUGUGGAGUGACACAGUAUAUAUUGGGAAUGUAUAUUUGUAUGUAGAUACAGUACAUGUAAAUAAUAGCUUCAGCAAGAAUGCAAUAUGAGGCUGCUUCGGGCAUGUGUAGGUUGAAGUCCCAAAGCCCAGUAGUCUGUCCAAUCUAUGCUGAUUACUGUUAAGAGGCAGAUUUCAUGCCUCAAAAAUUGGAGGGAAUGAUUCAGUUCUCAGAAUUUUCAAAUGGUCUGUGCAUCUUGGACUAUGUGUAUACAAUUUUAUAGUGUAACAGUUAUGAAAUUCCCCCCCAUCAGUAAAUAUCAAGCAUCUCUGAACCUGGAAUAAAAUCUAAGAGUGGGCUGAAAUAGCCUCCUACUCAAUUAUACAUAAAGCUUUUUAGUUAAUAUAGGAAUUACUGCCAGACUGUCACUUUCUAUAGGCAGUUUGCUAAAACUGUACCUAAAUGGCAUGGUGUGCUCUUAUUUAUGCGUUCAAAACCGUACCUUUAAAGGCCGUUCAAACAAAUGAAGCACAACAAAAUUCCCUUCAGCUGCAGGCCGGCCAAGAGUAACAGCCACACGUAUGGAUCAAUAAUUGAUCCAAUCUAAAAGUACAAAGGCCAGGAGAUGAAAAAGGUUGUUAACUUUGAUUCCUUUUUAAGUAUGCUCCAGUACGUAGGAGCAGUAAAUUCAAAGAGCUGUCCUCCAAAGAAAGAGCUUAAUGAAGGUGUCAGGUCAUAAAUGAUAGAUUGAAGAAAACAUUAGUAAAUUUUGAAGAUAAGUUGAUGCUUUACCAAGCCGAAAGUGAUAAAAUAUUGCCAGUGGCAUAGAGACUAAUACGUGGCUUUUGCUAGACAAAUGAAUCAAAAAGUGGAGUUACUUUCAUCCACCAAGAAGAAUGCCUAAUCUUUAUAUAGGCAAAAGCAAUUGGGCAUAAAAGCUGCUCAUACACAAACACUGUCUUUGCAUGGAAGAACCAUGGUUGUGUAAUAAUGUCAAACCAUGGUUUGGUGGUGUGUGAAUGGACCCAGUACUCACAUGUGCACAUCCUCCUCCCUCCACCCACCACACUCUCAUUCCCUUCCUCAGUUCCAAUCUUGCAUUAAACCAUAGUUUGAUGUGGCAUCCACAGUGGGCAAUCAUGGCCAAAUCAAAAGUGAAAGAGGGGGCUAGAGCGGGAGAGGGAAUUAAAUGGACUGGGGCUUUGAUCAUGUAGCACCAAACUAGGGUUCCAUUAUAUCAGAACCAAUCUGUUGUCUUUAUUUCAAAAUGACCUUAAAGGUAAAGGGUAAAGGGACCCCUGACCAUUAGGUCCAGUCGUGGCCGACUCUGGGGUUGCGGCGCUCAUCUCGCUUUAUUGGCCGAGGGAGCCGGCGUACAGCUUCCGGGUCAUGUGGCCAGCAUGACAAAGCCGCUUCUGGCGAACCAGAGCAGCGCACGGAAACACCGUUUACCUUCCCGCUGGAGCGGUACCUAUUUAUCUACUUGCACUUUGAUGUGCUUUCGAACUGCUAGGUUGGCAGGAACAGGGACCGAGCAACGGGAGCUCACCCCGUCGUGGGGAUUCGAACCGCCGACCUUCUGAUCAGCAAGUCCUAGGCUCUGUGGUUUAACCCACAGCGCCACCCGCGUCCCAUGGAUGGACCUUAUGCAACAUCAGUUCUAUAUUCAACCAUAUUGUAGAGCUGCAAUCCAGAAAACCAAUUUUUAAAAACUGUGUGCCUCCAGUGGCUGUUGGAGGGAAUGUGCUUUUGGUAUUUGGGAGGAAAUGGGAGUGCGGUAGUAGUCUAAAUAGCCCUUUCUAAGCCUUGCAUAAACCUAAAGGUGAUAAUCUGGAUUGUGCUUCAAAACUCUCUGUUUUCCAGUGGCAAUUGUGGUGUAAUAGUGGCUUUCAGAGAUGCCCAUUACCAGCGUAUGUGGAUCCUGGCCAAUUCCAAUUGCACUUCUGCCACCAGGACCUUUAAAAAUCUGUAGCAGCAACCAUGAUUAAAAGGAUGAGAAGCAUUACCAUCUACAUCCAGCCUGUAGUGUUACAUAAACUUCAAAGAAAAUUAUGAACUUGUGGCUGCAGCACAGUUUGUACAAUAAUUACAGCACCAUUCAAUAGCAUUGAUCAAGGAGAAAACAAGCUGUGUGUGUCCAACAUGAUAAAGACCCCGAGUUGCUUUGUGGAAUUUCUUCAUUGGUUCUGAAAAGGCAGGUAGCAAUUAGCUUCUUGAUAAGCUGAGGACUAGUGGAUACUUGCAAGAGAGCUCGUAAUUGCCUUUGUUUAUCUGUUCCAAACAAGGAGAAACAGGUGGAGAAUAGAGAACACUGUGGAAUAUUCACACAGUCAAAGUAAGCAUGUGUUGAAUUGAAGCUCAAGAGAUCCGACAGCGUGGCUAAAGAGGGACACAGUUUUUGAGGGUCUUGGUGUGUUGUCCUGUUAAUUGCUUUGCGUGAAGCAAAUGCAGUCCUCCUGGCCUCUCUGGCUGGCAUUUGGGACUCUGUCCAGGCCAGAUCCUUCUACAGACCACUCCUGUGGUUCCACCCUAUCUGCCUCUCCUUGCUGGGGACAGGAGAGAGAUUCAGUUUGAAUCAAAUCUAUUGGAUUUGUACUCUCUGAAACAAUACGCAAACCAAACCAAAACAAUCCAUCAAAAUUCACGCAUAUCCAGGUUUUGCUACGUAGUUCUCCAACCAAUGGGGUGUGUGUGUGUGUGUGUGUGUGUGUGUGUGUGAACAUUAGUGCACAGGAAUGAAUAUAUUACUUUAAAAACUUACAAACAUGCAUCGUAUUAGGAGUGAUUGCUUGCAAAAAUGCGUACGUUAGUCAAAAAUGUGUUUAUUAGGAUAAAUAUGCACACAAGUGCCGUGGAAUUUUCAUGAGAGUUUUUUUUUGUUUUAAAUGAAAAUUUCCUGCAGAAAUGUGGAGAACUGAUUUUAAGAUUUGAAAAAUGAGAAGCGAGAGAACCAAAACAGGCAGUCUUGCAUCCCUAAUCUCUGCCUACUGUUGUGGGCCCCAGGAGAUGGUCCAUAAAUGUGAGAACACAUCCCUUGGUCUGAAAAAGGUUCCUUACUACUGGUUUAAUGGAUAGAGGGAAAUAUAGACUUUGAAAUGGAUUCUGGAUUUGGGGACACCUCUCUUGUAAUGUGUCAGUAGUGAAUAGGAAAAUAACCUUGCUAGACCAAGUUGGGGGAGGGGGAGUGCAGUGAAAGUAAUCUACCACAGAGUCACACUGUUCUUGGGAAUCAUAGCUACUUCCCUGGAGGCGAAUCUGAUACAGACAAACGCUGAGGGCAACUAUUUGUUUAUGUGUUUCGAUGCAUUGGAAAUGCAUGUGGAAAUGGGAGUGCAGAAAUCACUGUUUGGCAGAUGUCCUCUACCCAUGCUGCAGAUUGACAGAGGAGCUGAGAAGGAGCAUUUGCCCUAGCCUAAGACAUGGUUUAACAACCUUGGGGGGCCUGUGAGGCACAUUUGACCUGUCACAAAGUUGAUUUGGAGCUCUUGUGCAACCAACAUGGUUCCCCUCCCCACCUCACUCUAAAUUGGCCUUUUUGCAAGAAGGAAAGUGAUGAGGAAAUGCAUUGGAAAGCCUGGAACAACAGUUGCUUGAUGCAAUGUUGUCUAAUCUUCCUGCAAACAUACCUGUGGGUGGGAUUCAACUGAUGAGCCCCACUAGUGGAAGCCCACACAAGGAUUUAUGCUAGUGCAAGGGGGCAUACCCCCUCUCUUCCCCCUGUGCUCCUAUGUUGCACAAAUUGGCUCCACAAGGGUCAGGAGAGCCCCUAAAACAACACAGGGGAGUGGGGGGAUCAUUCCAUCUGGCAAGCUUAAAUGCUUGUGCUGCUUGAAUUAUUACCACGGCACUAUGUUGGAUACCUCCCCAUAUAAAUGCUGAAUAAACAGCUUGUCUGGAAGUGUCCUCAUUAAAUAGGCAAGCUGUCACAGUUUUGGGGAACAUAUUUCUCCUUUAAAAAUAAUAAUGACAGUAUUGCUGAAAUAGAGCACGAACUGGUCCAUGUUCAAGAGCAUUGCCCCAUGAUUAGCUGUUAAACUGAAUGGAACUUGUGACCACACAGAAGAUUCAAGAUGAAGCUUGUGUGUUGAAUUACAGUGGUACCUCGGGUUACAGACACUUCAGGUUACAGACGCCGCUAACCCAGAAAUAGCACCUCGGGUUAAGAACUUUGCUUCAGGAUGAGAACAGAAAUCAUGCGGCGGCAGUGGGAGGCCCCAUUAGCUAAAGUGGUACCUCAGGUUAAGAACAGUUUCAGGUUAAGAACGGACCUCCAGAACGAAUUAAGUUCUUAACCCGAGGUACCACUGUAUUCAGCACAGGUGCCAAGAUUCAGUGGAAUUGCUCUGCUUCCUGCAUUUUAACAUUAACACUGCAAACUGCACUUACCUGGAAAUAAGCCCCAUUGAAUUCACUAGGACUUACUUCAGAGUAGGUAUGGUUAGGCAUGUGCGUGUGUGAAGGAAAUGAAUAUUUUGGUGACAAAGAUGUUUACUUAGACCCAGCUGGGUGGAAGUGGGUAUUGACAUGACCUUCAGUUCAGUGAAGCCCUUGACUAUGUUCUUAAAAGAAAGAGGCAACCAAUUCUAAAGUGCAUGUUUAACUUGAUCACACAGGUGGUCCCCUGAAGUUAAUGUAUAUGCCAAUAUUUUCUCUCCUGCUAAAUGGUUCAUACACUUAAACUUUAAGCAAUCAAAAGCGUUUCACAGGAGUGCAGUGAAGCAUGUGUUUAGUUAAGUAAGGGCUUUGCAAAAUACUAAUGGCUCAAGGAGAAUGAAAAACACCAGCUGAGAUCUUGAUUUUAUUUCUGCUACAGCGGAACCACCAGGCAUACAGGUGCAAUAAAAGCCAUGGGACAGAAUUGGUAGUGGAAGAGGUCAAUCCUAUCUGUAUUGCUUCCUUUUGAAAAUAUAUGUGAACCUACAAGGCACACUCAGAAAACCUGAAAUCCCCAGAUGAUCUUGGCUAUGUUAAACAGCCCAUGAAAUUCCCAUUUAUUUAUUUAUUUGUUUGUUUAUUUAUUUAUUUAUUUUUUCAUUCAAUGUGUAUACCACCCUUUAUCAAAAGAUCCCAGGGCGGUAGACAACAUUAAAAACACGUUGCAGAACAUCCGUGAUAAAAACACAAUAAAAAGCAUACUGACAGGCAGCCUAAUAAUAAGAUAGUCAUAAUAACAACAGUCCUCUCCCAAAUACUUUUACAGGCCAUAGAUUAUUUAAUAGCCUGGGUAAAGAGGAAUGUUUUUGCCUGGUGCCUAAAGACAUAUAAUGAUGGUGCCAGGUGAGUCUUUCUGGGGAGAGCAUUCCACAAUCAGGAAGCCACCACAGUAAAGGCCCAGAAUGCGGAUCUUUGCCUUUACUUCCUACUCACUAUAUCCUUUAGUGACACUUUCCACUUGGCAAAAUUAAGUUCAUGUUCAUAAUGGGCAUUUACCGCUGAUUAAAGAGUUGGGGAAUACAUUUAAUGCUUGUGCUCCAGUACUUUUCAUGUCAUCUAUCGUUGUCCAGAUGAAAGGCCCAUUGCUAGGGGAACUGCAGCAGAAGUUGGAGGAGACUGAAUUGCUGAAGAUGGAGAUGCAGAUGUUGGAGACAGAGAGAGUAAGGCUGUCCCUGGUGGAAGAAAAGCUCUUGGAUGUUUUGCAGCUGCUUCAGCAACUUCGGGACCUGGUAUGGCAAGAAAAUAGUGGGAGGUAGCUGAGAGUCUGGACCCUGACCCUCCGUAUGGAUACACAACCUUGUAUCUUUCCAUGAGCUUUCCAUUAGGUGGCCACAUCCAGUGUCAUUUUGAGUUUGCUGCAGGAAAGCUUGGCAGCGCAUGGCUGCAUUAGGAAAUGACAGCCCAAACAUCCAGAUGAAUAGCUUUCCCAUCAGAGAUAUUCAUCCUCUCUCUCUCCUAAGGAAGGUUUAGGUCUGAGAUUGCUUCAGAUUGAUCUAAAAUAACUGUUAAUCUGCUUCCCCAUUCAGAGCAGUUGAUACCAGGGCUUGAGAGUUUUUGAUUGGUGUGUCUGUGCAGAGGGAAAGCUUCUUGCGAGUAGCUUUCUUAACAAGGCUACUUCAUGUGAACUGUCGUAGCAUCACAGUUAAAAGACUGAGUUGCAAAUCAGGAAGCCCUUGGUUUGGAUCUCACCUCUGCCAUGAAUUCGCUAGGUGGCCUUAGGCACUCUUUCUCAGCCCCCACAUAUAAUAAUACUGUCUGACUUUGCAGGGUUGUUGUAAAGAUUGCAACUAGUUAACCCAUGCGAAGUGCUUUGAACACUUAAAGCUGCUAUGCAAAUGUUUAGUGUGAGUGGGGCAAAACUAUACAUUUGGAGAAGACCCAAGUCUGGGAAAGUGGGAAAGUGAACAUCCGAAGAGGGGAGGAACUUCUCAUUGCCUUUGAACCACAGGGUUGUAGAGUUUGAAGGAAUCACAAGGGUCAUCUAGUCCAACCCCAUGCAAUGCAAGAAUAUUUUGUCAAUGUGGGGCUCAAACCUAUGACUCUGAGAUUAAGAGUUUCGUGGUUUGCCAACUGAGCUAUUCCUGGCCUAAGUUAUUAUGUGAUGUAGAUGGAAGGAGCAAUAGACAGGGAGGGAGUUCUAAAUCUUCUACCCCUGCUCUCCCUUCCUCCCAUCAUUGUUCUCCCACCCACUGCAAGCACAUAAGGAGGAGUGCAGGGAAGAAGCAGUUGAAAGGGGAUUGCACACCCCUUUGACACCCUGCACGGAAAUCAGCAUUGUGAGAAUCACAACUUCUCCAACCCUGCUUUUUAAAAAAGCAAUGAUAGUGGUGGCAGCUUCAUCAUUAGCACAACCAUGGAAGUGCUAGACCUGACCCAGCAUCAAUGCUGUACAAACAUGCAGAAAAUGGGGGUUACAAUGAGGGAAAGUCUGCUCACUUUCCUGUUUUAGUCUUUUACAUGUCUAUAUUAAAAGGUGGGUAAUUGGCUUGAUCAGGUUGUAAGCAGCUACCAUUCUAGUUAAUGUUAUUCCUAAAGAUUUUUUUUAAAAGAAAGAGAAAGAGAGAGAUUGAUUUAUGUGCUAGACAGAAGCUGUGCAUAUCAUUUUUUUAAAGUGUUUUAAAGAAUAUUGGAAAUAUCUACCCAAGCAAGGAAGGGAGCCUUCCCACAAGGUUGUAUGAAUGCUCAUGUGAAUGCAUGAAUUAUGAUAUACUUGAGGGUAGGGGUAGGAAAUCAAUAAAACUUUAAAAAAAUUAUCCAGGCAGGCAAGUGAGUGGGUGAUCUCAUGGGAUAAUCUGUGCUUGGGAUAAUUUGCAUGUAGAAGGUCCCAGAUUCAAUCCCAGGCAGUUUUGACCAAUGUACACAUUUUGCAAGCUAUUUUACCUAAUGUAGCACAGUUGGUAUGUUAGUUGCACUACUACAUUCAUUUUUUAUGCACACUUACUUGCAAUGUGUGUAUUUUUUAUAAGCAUUGGUUGGAGAUCUGUGUCACAAAAUAUGGAAUUUUGAAGGAUGAUUGUGUUUCAGUUCUCAUAAUUGUUUCAGGAAGUGCAAAUAUAACAGAUACGCCUCUAAAUUCAAGCUGAAUCGAACUUCUCCCCAUCCCUUCUCUGUGCACAAUUGUUCCAUCUGGCAGGCUGAAAUUGCUUGUGCUGACAGAACAGUAGACACAGCAUGGCAUGGAUUUCCUCCUUUAGUGGAACGGAAGACACAUGUAUUUACCUGAAAGCAUCCUAGGGCAUUUAGUGAUCAUAUGAUUUUGGUUUCACCUGUUAGCACAGCAAACAUAUAACAAGCUGUACAAAUAUUAUAUAUACAACAAGACGUUAAGAGUAGAUGAUUUUAAAAAGUUGCUUUCAUUGAUUCGUAGGACUGGAGUCAUGGUGACUGUGAGAAGCAAGGUCUUUUAAAACCAUUUGAACAAAGCAAAUGGACCUGCUCUGGAUCUGUGUCUGGAGUUCACUCCUCUUGCUUUUAAAUGCAUGCAAAGCUGUUAUUUAUUGUGAAUGUGACUGACUUGAUGAUUGCUUUAUCAUGCUUGAAAUAUGCCUCCAUGCUUCUGGAGGCUCUCCAGAGUAAGUGUAGCUUUUUUCUAUUAUGUUAACUCGCUGCCCGGCUCGGCCGAGCCUUCAUAUCCUGAGUGUGGCAGUGCUUGCUCUUUGGAUCAAUAACAAUCCCACGAAGGAUACGCUAUUAAAGCGCCAUGACUGAUUAUGAUUGGCAGAAAGCAUUGCUGCGUUCUGUGUCAGGAUUCUGUGACAUGUCCCUCAUUGACCAGCAGUCUCACUGAAAGUCAUCUCGGCUUAGCAGACGAUCCAUCAAACAGUGUGUCACACCACUCUGAGAACAGUGUCAUGAGUCCUGUAUGCUGUCAUAUAUUGUAGCUCUAGAUGGUGAUAAGAUCUGUCAAUGAAUAGGGUGAAUUACAGCACCCUGGGGGGAAUGCACAGAAUGCCCCCACAUUGUUAGGGUCUUGGGAAUCGGUAAAGCUAUUGUUCUCUCACAUGAAACUGAAUGGCACUCUUGUAACCCUGAGGGAGAACGGUUUCAUUUCUUGCUUUCACUGAUGGAUAGGAAUAUUUGAAGAUGAGGGGGGCUGGGGGGGUUUCUAAACAUCAAAGCUGCCUUCGAGAGGACUUCUGCGUCCUGAAAAAUUCCUCACUCUCAUGAGGUCCAGUCCUUGCUUCUGCGCCUCAGAGUAUCUGUUGCUGCCUAUGACUCAUGUAUUUCUGCUUUUCACUCCUCUGUUAUCUCGGUGCCAGCCAAAAUACAGUGGUACCUCGGGUUACAGACACUUCAGGUUACAGACGCUUCAGGUUACAGACUCUGCUAACCCAGAAAUAGUACCUCGGAUUAAGAACUUUGCUUCAGGAUGAGAACAGAAAUUGCGCAGUAGCGGCAGCGGGAGGCCCCAUUAGCUAAAGUGCUGCUUCAGGUUAAGAACAGUUUCAGGUUAAGAACGGACCUCCAGAACGAAUUAAGGUCUUAACCCAAGGUACCACUGUAAUACAGUUUGAUCACAUAUGGAUAAGCUGUGUUCAGAUAUCCAUUGUUUCCAUCCAUCUGUCUCGAGAGACAAUGGAAGAGUGCACCAUCGGGGGUAAAGUCAAACUGUUGGAGAGUUACAGUGCCUGCUGUGGCUGUAGAGACCAAAUGGGAGAGACAUGUUUUAUUGCAGGUGGGACAGAUGAAAGUGUCUGGUUUCACUGUUACAGAUGCACCAUGGCGUUUCUUCUCUCUGCACUCCUCUCAGCUGUCAUUUCUCCUCUGGGCACUGCUGUGGAUACACAACCUGACUGUCUGUCUCCAGGCACUCCAGUCGUCUGCAAGGGAUACCCACACAGUGGGGUUGAUGUUCCAGCCUCCAUGUCACAUUUGUAGACAUCUUUGUAAUGCAGAGUUGGUCUGCCAACAGGCCUGGUGCCUGAAGCCAGCUCCCCAUAGAGCAUGUCCUUGGGGAUCCUGCUAUCUUCCAUUCUGUGUACAUAACCAAGUCAGCAUAGAUGUCGCUGAGACACAAGUGCAAACGUGCUGGGAAUGUGGGCUUGGGAGAGCACGUCUUUGUUUGAGACUCUGUUCUGCCAUGUAGUGCCCCCAAAACAGGUAGCAGGUUCACAUGAGAGGCCUCCUUAUAUAUACUUUACAAGUUUUACAAGUGAUGUGGUAGGCUAAACCCUCAUGUGCACAAAACUCAUGUGCUGAGGCCAUAUGUGAACUGGACUCACUUAUUCCAUUGCAAAUUGAUAUGCUAUCCACUUACACAUUUGCUUAAACUGCCAUUAGUAUUAUGCAUUAGCCCACAAUCACUUUGAAUGCUGUUUUUAUUCCAUAUCCUCUGCUUGCAUUCUUUGUUGUGUACAACCAUGCACCCAGGUGUUUCCAUGCAUCAUUGCAUAGGUACUACUCUCUGAAACUGCACUCUAGAAUUUAUCUCUUGGUCAAAACAUGACAAAGAAUAAAAGAAUGCUAAAAAUAAAUCAUGUUUCUGCCAGUUUAUAGUUAGCAGUCUUUAGCUUUUUGUAAGGAAAAGGCACAGUACAGAUCUUUUAAAUAAACAAAAAAAUGAAUAUGAGGUGGGGGUUUUUUUGUUAGAUAUUGUAUUGAGUUUCCUUUUUUGUUUAGGGAGACCAAGUUUCCUUUUUUGUUUAGGGAUUACUAAUGCGCUUUCUCUUUAGUAGUGUGCCUCUAAGCUAAAUGUUCCCUAAUAUUUUGUGUUUUGAAGAACAUAUCUAAGCGCGCCUUGGGGAAAAUCUUACUGAGCACUUUGGAAUCCUGCUGUGACCCAGAACAUGGUAAGCAAGUAAAGCCAUGCAUGGAGAGCCUUGCCAUUAGGUGUCACUGUCCAUAGAGAGGCCGCCUAGAGCAGCAAUUUGGAGGGGAGCAUGAUUUUGCUAUUGCAGUGGAUGGAAGAGACUUUUCAUUCCAGCACUGCCUGGUACAUUCUUUUGAUACCCAGAAAUGGCUAGGGAAGGUAUGGGGAAGCUGUAGCCAUCUGGAUGUUGUUGGACUCACAACUCCCAUCAUAGCUAGCCAACAUGGCCAAUGGCCAGAAAUGGUGGGAGUUGGGAGUACAAGAAUAUCAGAAGGACCAUAAUUUCCCCAUCCCUGAGAUAAAGAGAAGAUGUUACACUCCUGAGAGUCAGGGAUAGGUCCAGUUAAGGAAAUUCAUCUAAGCACCUGCUGAUAAGCAAGGUUUUCUAUGAGCUCAGGCAUUGGUCAAAGGAUAGAGCUAAUAAAGACCCCCAUGACCGUUCUCUGAUAGUUGGGCAAGAGAAAAGAUGAGAUGGGUGAGCAGCAAUUAGGGCUGUAGGAUGUAGGAAGGCAAAUGAGGUAGCAACCUUGAUAGAGAAGGCACCACUUCCUGCUUUUGUUUAGAGGGUCAGCAUGUCUAAUUGCUGUCCUAACAUAAAGCAAGUUGCAGGGGAGAUGCUUUUUGUCAUUUGACACUUUUGGUGAGAAAUAAAUAAAAUCUUAAUUUCACCAUUGCUGUGCUUUGAGAGACGGGGAAUUGUUACUUGAAGACAUCUAUUAAAUCGAAGGUCUUCCCAUCUUUGAAAUUACAUGAAAAUGGAAACAUAAGUAGAAUCUGCCAUUAGUAUGAACUUUGUGCAUAACUGGAGACACCUCCCUCUCACUCAGUCUUUUUAUCAUUGACUGUAAGCUUUGCCCAAAUCCAUAUUCAACCUAUUCCUUUUCAUUGGGGUUGUACAGAUAUGUGAGAAAAUAGAACACACCCUCUAGGCUAAUUUUUCUUCACUGCAUAAAAGUUUCUUUCCUCCCUACAGUGUAACAAAAGAGAAUAUAGCGGAAAGUAGCAUCCUUUAGUGAAGGAAGUGGGUCAGAUCUUCUCUGUAAUAACCUUUCAUGUUCAUAUGCAAAGCCUAAAUCUGCUGAGUCCUCUCCUCGGGCGGUAGCCCCACUGUGCAUAAGCUGUCGUUACGAGAACCUUUAUGACCUGAUGGGUUUUAUUUGAUUACUUGGUUUCUAAUUGCAAAGUUUUUGCAUUGACCUCCUUGAGAGGGAACUGGCAUGUUGCACAUGGACAGUCUGCAGGGAAAGGCAGAGCUUUUCAUAGAGCAAAAUGGGUUGAAGAAUGGAUGAAAAUAUAUGAGAUAACGAUUCGAAAUUUAGUCUGAAUGAUCUAAAUGCAAGUAAUGGGAGGGAAUUAAGGCAUACAGAAGGGUUUUUUUGUUUUGUUUUUCAUUAUCUCUUUGUCUCCAACAGGGAUUCCUUGUCCCUCAGUGCUAGGCAUUUGGAUAUUUGAGCCCUUCAAUACGAGUCCUUCAAUAAAUGGCAAAUAAACUAAGGUUGUGCCAAAAUCCCCUCCCUACUCUAAAAAUAUCCUGCCCCCUACAAAAGUGAGGCCUGGUUUUCUGUUGUUUUCUUGAGGGAGUGGCAUGGAAGAGAAAUUUCUUUGAAUUUUUUAGGAGACUUAAGCUGAGAAGACGCUAUGGGAAGAGUUCAACAUGAUGCUAAGGUGAUUGUUAGGCCAAGCAUUUCCCCAGGCAGAAUGACCACCCUCCUCCCCCUCCUGUGUGCUGUUCUAGGGGUUCUUCCAUCCUGCCCCAUUUAGGCAAUUUAGGGGCCUGCAGGGGGAAGAGAACAGGAAAAGGCCCACUGCACAAGUGGAAGUCCCUUUGCAGGGCUUAUGCUGAUGAGGCUCCUUAAUUAAAUCCUGCCCUGUACCUUUAAAGCACAUUCAGAACACAUUUUACACUCAAAGAAUUCUAGGCACUGUUGCUGGUUGCUGGGAAUUGUAACAUUGGCCCUGUCUGCACUAUACAUUUCAAUCUGUAUCAUACCACUUUAAACAGACAUGGCUUCCCCCAAAGAAUCAUGGGGACUGUGGUUUGUUAAGGCUGAGAAGUGUCAGGAGACCCCUAUACACUUCACAGAGCUACAAUCCUUGGAGCUGUUUGACGAUCAGUCCACAUUUCCAGGGAAAUCUGGGAAUUGUAGCUUUGUGAGGAGCAUGCAUGCACCUUGAAUUUCUUGGAGGUCUACUGCUUUUGUCAACAGUCCUCUGUGGAGCUUACAGUGCAGUUCCCUCCUUACUUCCCAUUUCUUCCCUUACUUCCCUCUCCUCCCCACUUCUUUCCCCAACAGAAUUCUCUGCAUCACAAAUGAAAAGAAACUCAACCCACAAGCAUUCUAUUUUAAGUCUGCCUCAUUUGCAACAUCAACUUUCUUUGUACUCACUACUGCACAAAUUGCAUCCCGAAAUCUUCGUGCGAAGCAUCUGCAGGACAUCGCUGGCAUUAAAAUUCCAGCCCAUAUUUCCCCCCAUUUUAUCUGGACUUACCCAUUCCAUGGAAAACUAGAUAAGCUACUGUAUCUAUUAAAAAAACCCAUGUUGCCAAUGACUGGGUUGCAAAAUCUGAUUAACCCAUUUGCAAUAUUCAGCACCCGAUUGGAAGCACUCACAAUCAAACGUUACCAGGUGGAUUUGGUUAGCAAUUUUCUCUCAUUGUAGUGGGAACUCAACUUUGAUUUAGGCAUGAGAUUAAUUUUACAGCCCAAAGGCUUUAUCUGUGGCUAUUUAUUUGUGACUACAGCUUCAGGGGGUUUAGCCUUACAGCACACUGCCAACAUACAGAGACAGACACAUUUCAAAACUCAUCUUUGUGUGUUCAAGGAUGUGGAUUAACUGACCACAGUGUGUGAAGCAGAAGGAGCAACCAAGAUAACUGAAGAUUGCUCCACUCUGCUUCACUUUGAUAUGAACAAGAAUGUGUUCACAAUGCAGUCCUUCAAAAAGUCUGCAUUAAAUUUUGGCAAUUAUGCCUACGUUUUGUAAGAAAGGACAUGUUAUUGAUAUUCAUACUGCUUCGUCUUUGUUUUGUUAACCUUCCAAUUCACUAUUUGCAUUUUUUUCUGUUUUAAAGGAAAACCACAUAUCAUUGAAGUCUUAGAUACCCUCUACCAUGAACUGACUGCCUGUGAACUCAUUCAAAGCAAACCGCAUGAGAAAACUCCAGGUCACCAAUCCUUGGCUAACUCUUUGGUUAUCUCCUGUUGAGCAACAGGCCACCCACAAUGCAUUGUGACUGUUACCACCCAGAGGGCUUAAAAGCUACAACACCAAAGCACAAAGUUCUCCACAAUCCAGAAAUGUGUAAAAAGCUGGAAGAAUAAAAGACAAUUGAAGAUAUGAGGAGCCAUUACAGAGCCCAUGCACUGUCAGCAGUGACUUGCAGUGGGUCUUGAACACAUCUCUGGGGUCUGUGGCCUGUGUCUUUCUCAGACCAUGAGCCCUGCUCCACAGGAAAUUCCAGAAAUUCAAACUUGAGACCUUAUCUGUAUACAACCUGUGUUCUGCCACUUGUUCAUUCUCUCACUUUGAAUUGUGAAAUUGGGUAUGAUACUUCUGGGAAGUUCUGUAAUCUCUCAUCUAAUUUCUAAGCAAGCCUUAUCCAGGAGACAGCUCCUUGCUCCCAAGGAUAAGUGGCACCUAAAGCCUUCAUGUUAUUGGUACCAGAAAUAUUCUGAUCCGUUGUAUUAAAAUUAUCCUGUUACUAACCCUGUAGAGCUGGUUAUAAUAAGAGAGAUUAAUGUUAUCUGCUACAUUUCAGUAGUUUGUCUUCCCUGGAGCAUCUAACAGGUGUGUGUGACAGGGAGCCUUCGUAAUGUACAAAGGGAAAAUGAGUGUAUAAUGAAAACACAGCAAGGUCGCUUAAACUUGAGGUAGCUAUUGGUUGCUAUCACUACCUAUCGUCAUGAAGGGACUAUGUGUCCUGCAAAGGGCAUACAUUUGUAUGGUGUCAGUAUGCAUGCUUGUAAACACAGACCUUAUUUAAUUCUUAUACUUAUGUCUGCAUUUCUGUCCAGCCAGAUACUUUAUUUAAAAUGGUAGCCACUCUACAAAUGUAGUUUUGCUUUGAUAGUAGCUUUUUCACUACUGUCGUAUUGCAAAUUUUAGAUUGCUAUAUUAAAUGCUACCUUUAUCCUUUUG